AUGGCGACUCUUUAUACACAGUUUAGAUAUGUUGGCUAUGCAUGUGACCCUGCUACUUUACUUAACCUAACUUUAAAAAUGUGUGCAGUACUUCUCUAUGCCAUAAGCCUGUUAAGCGAUGUUUCCCACUCUACUUGUUACUGCUGUUGUGGCACAACAAGCGUCUGUCUUAACCGAAUGCACUACAAAAAAUAAAGAAUAUGAAAAAAAAAAAAAAGGAACAAUCCUUGUACUUAUGUAGCAGUUAUUAUGUAGCAGUUAUUAUGAUAACAAGAGUCUCUUGGAGCUUCCCAAUGUAAGUAGUCAAACUAUUCGCUACCUUUUCAUAUGGGGCCUUCCAAACUCUGCUCUCUGCCUCUGUAACUAUCUCAAGUGUGAGCCAAAAGCUCAUGCUAUGGCUUAGUUCAGCAAACAGAACUCCUAGCAGUAGUGGAGGCAAGGAGUAGUGCUCAGCAGACCCCAGGUAAGAAGUCAGACCAUUAGUGUGAUAGAACAACCGGUCACCCAGGAAUUGUACUUGGCUUGUAUCUCUCCACCUCAGCCCAAAAGAGUCGUAAUAACCUUCAUUUCAACUUCCAGCUGUGCCACCACUUUAAGCAUCCUUCCUAGCUGACCUCAGGCGUAUUGUACAGCUGCAGGGAGGCUCCAGAGGCAGAGUGCGUCUGACUAGGGAGCAACCUCCAACCACUCUAGAACUCAUUCUCGAUCAGCUGCACUACGCCAAAACUUUAUCUCUGUCCCAAAACCACCUAGCAGGGCAUUUUGUGAAGGGGAGAUAAGGGAGAUGGUGAGGCAGCUAAUGAUACCCUGGACUUGAGGGAGCUACAGGGAUUCGCAUAAAAGUAUGACCUGUGUAAAAAUAGACCAGUUCUAUUUCACCUUACCAUAAGUCUCGGCUAGUGAUUGGUGGAUCUGCUACACAGCCAUGAUCACUGAAGAUACUCUGGGAGCUAUAAUCAACAAGGGAAACGGAAUCUUUGGCAGUGAUAUUCUGGUGGGCCGCCACGAGUAGUAAGGGAAUUUCUGAUACCAAAACCACUAUAACACGCUGUAGUUAUUAUAGUCCUUGUAGUGUUCCUUAAUUUCUAUAUUCUCAAUGAUUAAUGUUCAAACUGUAGCUUUCCACGUGUUGAAAGAAAAAAUAAAAAAAGAUUUAAACUCUGUUUUUGUGAUGAGUGCUGAUUGAGUGAGCUGUGCGAAUGAGCUAAGAACGAGUGCAGUGGAAGAGCUGAAUCUUUUGCACACGUCCCUUAGAGAUGUCACAAUGCAGCCAGACGUCUCCUAGUGACUCAUCUUCCAGAAUAGGCAGUACUCACAGAGAGAUAACCAGGUGGGCCGAGUGAAAACUAAGCGGGGCUACGUAUUCCUCUAAGCUGGACAGCUGAAUGGACAUUCUACACCUGACUAACAAAGACUGCAUUAUAUAACAGUGAUUUAUGGGUCACUUGAAAUAAUUUGGCCCCAUUAAAUAAACUAAAUAUGUAUAUAAAUAAAUAAUAAAACACACACAAAAAUUAAAACACUUUUGCCAAGCUGAAAAUAUAUAGUAACCUUAAAACUUCGUAACGACCAAAGAUAUUUUCUGUGAUCAUCACAGUUUGGCCACCAAAUGUCUGAUGUGAUUAUAACAUGUUUAUUCUAUUAUAGAAGGCAAUGUAAGGGCAAGUGGCAAGUUUGACAACAAAUAAUAGGGGAGGAAUCAAAUGUGGCAAUGAAAGGUCAAUCAGCUGCUAGGUCAUUUUUUUGAAUGGACUAGAGCAAAUAUGAUAAGAUUAUGGUCUUUAAGGAGGUGAAGUGAUGUAGAAAUAUAUAAUUUUUGUGCUAAAUAAUCAAAUAAGAUAUAUUGACACAGCUAGAAGACUCAUUUGGUAUUCCUGCAAAUCAUUAAUAACAGUUAAAUAUUAUUUUGGCUUGAUGCUUUAAUUGUUUUAUGAACAUAUAGGUUAAAACCAAACAUUAAAUAUUAUAGUGUAGUAUAAAUAAUACAUACAUGGGAUAUAUUUUGUGACAACAAAUGCCAAGUUAUAGUUUCCCCAGUCGAAAUUACAGGUACUAAGUAGUACAAUUUAAAGUGCAUUUUAUAUAGCUCAAAUAGGUUCUCUAUAGGAAGAAAUAAAAAUAGGGAUUUAUUCAAUUUCACUUUACGGGGACAACAAACACUAUUUGAAACGGUUUAUCUCUGCACACUAUACACCUAAAUUAUACACACCUUUAUUCAGCCCAGUCACAGCAUUUUGAUAUGCACCCACGUUUUUCUUUUUCCUGAAAGAUGAACAUUGAUUACUCAGUCAUAAUAAAAACCAUUUUUAUUCACCUCACAAAGUUUUUAAAAUUUAAUCUUUGAAUAAUAAAUACAAAGUAAAAAUUUGCCACAAAAUAUUAAAAACCUUUGUUUUACUGAUAAGCAAUCAGUUUUCAUGGUGCUCAUCUUCGAUGGGGUAAUCAGAGACCAAAAUUGACUCAAAAAUAGGGUAAGACCUAUAUGUGGGAGAAGGGGAUACAAAUCAGUUCUGCAUUAGGGUGGCCAAGGGCACACUCCUUGUUCCCUCCAUCCCUGUAAGAACACUAGAAUCACGCACAAAAUCCCAUACACCCCAUGUGUCUGCCCCAAUUCAUCACAUCACAAAAAGACACACAACACUCACCCAGAGGGGACACACUGUUGCCAGAAUAAUGCAUGUUUUAAUUACUAUUACAUGUCCAUAAAUAAACUCAAUUACUUUAGCUACUUUUCUCCACAUAAGGCACAAACACUUUUUUUUCCAUAUAAUACAAUGUCCCCCUACCUCAUAAGGGACUUAGUGAAUAUUGGCGACUCAUUCUGUGUGACUCUGCACUUUUUUUCUCAAUCCAGUUUGUAAUGUUUGUUAUUGAAUUUUACACACGUGGCUGUGUGUGUGUCACAUGGUACCGGGGGUGUGUUUGUGCACUUGUCUGUGUUUUGCACUCAGUCCCAGCUCUGGUAUAUAUAGGAUCAGCUCAGCCCUGCAUUCCAUACAGCUUCACAGAGCAUCACUGAGAUUCUGUUACUAUAGCAACAAGCAUGGACCCCCAGGACUGUAAUUGUGCAACAGGUAUGGAUAGAGAAACUAUUUGUAUAUAACCAGAGCAUACUUCGAUAAUCUGUGUACAAUGUGUUAAUCAAAAAAACUUGAACAGCAUUAUCAAAAAGUACUUUCAGCCAAAUUUUUAUAUAUUUUACUAAAAUUAUACUUAAACUAAUAUCACUUUUUAAUAGUAACUAUUUGACAAAGCAUGAGCCUGAACUCUACAUUAGACUAUAACUCUAAUAUAUAUGUAUAUUGUGUAUAUAUUUUGCAGUGCACAGAUAGGUAUCGUUCACUUUCAAUCCCAAAUAAUUCCCACACUAAUAACUAUCUUUUUUUUUUAGUUGGCUUGACAAAUUCACUAUCUUUUCACAGGUUAAAUCAGUGCUAGUGCAGUGUCCUGAUUUAUUUUUAAGGGGUGUAGAGAAUGGGUUGAAGCUGCUGACUAACUGAACUAUAUUUUCCCAAAUCUUUCUCUGUAAAUGUUGAGCAAUCCUGGUUUUACUGCACUAAUACGGUUCUCACUCACCAAUGGUCUACUUACCCUAUUGGUCUAGAAUCCACAUUGGAAUAAAAUUGGGAAAUCCUUUCAUUCUGCACUGUUGGUGUACCCCAAGGACUGGGCUGGGUACCACUAAUCUAGAGCGCCUGGGUGGGAAGCACUGCUCUAGGUCACUCCUUUCUAACACGGUCAGGGUCUCCAGAUGGAAGGUGUCAUGAUAUGACGCUCUAUAAAUCCUGAGACCCAGCACAACAAUAAAGCUCAGUGAUUGAAACAUUUUACUUCCUUCAUCCAUGAGGCCAGCUUGUAUGAUGCCUCCUCUAGUGCCAAUGAGGGUAAUAUAUGAAUGUUUAUUAAAGUUUAUAAAUCAUUGAGGAGAACCAUAUCCUGUUAUAGAGUCCACCACAGAAUAUUAGGCAAUUAGCACUCUUAUCAGGUAUAACAACAGCUCCCUUCAAAAGCCCAUCAUAUAUCACUUACUCUUCUCUCCUUUCUUAGGAUACAGCAUAUAACAUAUUGUUCUAUCAUUUCUUAGGGGUCUCCUGCUCCUGUGCAAAUUCCUGCAGCUGUAAGAAGUGCAAAUGCUGCCCAAAAAGUAAGUGCUGCCAUCUAGUGUUAUAGUAUGAUACACACACUCUUAUAUCAAGGGGAUAAUUAUUUCAUGAGAUAAAAGAUAUAUUAAAAAAAUAAAUUGGGGGGUGGUGCGUAAAAAUAUUUAUUCCAAAUCCCUUUGUCCCUCUUUUCUGCUUGAAAUGCUGCACAUACCAAGAAAUUGAUACUUUGUGCUGGGUGGGGACAGUUGCGAAUUCCUGCUUUUCCCACCGUCCUGGUUUGUUUAAAGGGACACUCAGGAGUCCUGAAGCACAACUUCUUUGUUGUUGCAAUAAUGCACAAACUGCAAUAGUCUAUUUAUCCUACAUGACUCAUCUCAAACCAAUCUGGCAUAGUGCCCCACCUGAGAUUGGGCUCUGGGUCCACCCUUGUUUGGAAACCACUAUUGAGGUAUAUUGGUAAGUGACUAACCUGCUGUUUCUCCCUCCUCUCCCACAGGUUGCUGCCCCUGCUGUCCAGCCGAAUGCAGUAAAUGCAGCCAGGGCUGUCAGUGUGAAAAGGGAUGCGAGAGCUGCAGCUGCUGCAACUGAUUGAUGGAUCCGUGUCUGAGACCUGAUCUGUUACUCUGUAAUAUCUGUGUAUGGUCUGAUCUGUAUGUUACUAAAGAUCUACAGCAUUAUUGGAAACGCUUGGCAAUGCAAAUGUCUCACUGAUUUCAUAAUAAAUAUAGUAAUAGACAAAUAAUUUUGCCUUUGAUUUUGUGAAAUUGGAAGGAACUCUCUAAUAGUAAACAUUUUUAAAAGUAAUGGUUUAUAAAAGGAAGUGACUUUACAGUCUGUCUGACAUCCACUAGAGGUGUGUUUAUUGAAAAAUGUAAACAGAACACAGUGAUCUGUGAAUGGUCCUGCCCCCUCAGACUGAACAAGGGGAGGAUUGACCAGGAGAAGAGUGAGGGCUGGGGCUACGCAUACACACAAUUAUUCUAUAGGUGUGUAUAUAUACACACACACAACAAUUUGUAUCACAUUUAAACUUGUGCUUUCAUUUAAUUUUUAAUUAGAGGCUUGAGAAAUGUGUGUGUACAUGUGCUUGUGAUGCAACUCUCAAUCUGGCUGCUCUAGAUCACUAAUGGUGACUAUGGACAGCUAGCUCUGGUUCCAGCCUCUUGAUUGGUACAAUAAUUAAAAGGAAUUAGUCAUGGUGUCUUUUGGAGCCUCUCUGCCCCACUUAGCGCAGAGAUAACGGUGAUUAGCUGGAGCUGCCAGCCUUGCACCUGGGGACAACUAUCCUCCUCCAAUAAUUGUGAUGCAAAUGAAUAUGUAGGGUUAAAAAAAAUUUGGAAAAAAGAUCAUAUUGGAGCUUUUCUUUUAGCACAUUUUUUUCUUUUCUACCUGGGCUGUACAGUUAAUGCUCAUUCGCAUCAGAGAAUGCAAAGGAAUUUACUAAAGUGUGUUUUUUGGGCACUCAAAGUUAAAUGAUUUAUAAAAUAUUUUACCAGGAUAGAUACAUUGAGAUUUCUCUCGUUUUCAUGUCCUGGGUCCACAAAACAUUGAAUUGUCACAAUAGGAUACAAUAUUACAAAAAAUACAAUAUACAAAUAUAUAUUACACAAGAUCCAGCGCACUCACCUAUCCACUAAACAGCAACUUCAAUGUUGACAGAUUUUUAUUUUCAUUCUUUUUUAAACACCUAAUCUAGGCAAAAAUAAUGGGGGUUUAGUUGCAUUAUAUGAUCAUACAUUGCAUAAGCCUGCCACAACGUCAAUGUACCCCAUCUUUGGCAGGUCCUACUCUAACAGCCUAAUGUCUGCUCUUAUGAGAUAAACCCACUUACUUGGGUUCCAUCUGGGGUUCUCUGCAGUACAAGGCUAAAUAGGGCCCUGGGAUGAGGCACCUGUGACAGGGAGAAGUGCAAAACCAAGGAGUUGGGUAGACUCCCAAAUAUAUAUAUAUAUAUAUAUAUAUAUAUAUAUAUAUAUAUAUAAAAAUGAAACCAGUGGGAUGCACUCACCUGAACAUGUAUAAAUGGGGUGCUGCUGGGGGCCAGAGCAGACUUUAGGCUGGUAGAGUAGGACCUGCCAAAGAUGGGGUACAUUGACAUUGUGGCAGGCUUAUGCAAUGUAUGAUCAUAUAAUGCAGGGGUUCUCAACCCAGUCCUCAGGACCCCCUACCAGUCCAGGAUUUGGGGAUUACCUGUGUGUCUCUCAGGUGUUUAGAAAAAGGGGAAAAAACACCUUAGACUAAGGUGUUUUUUUUUUCUUUUUCUAAACACCUUAGACACACCCAGGUAAUCCCUAAACCCUGGACUGGCAGGGGGUCCUGAGGACUAACGUUGAGAACCCCUGAUAUAAUGUAACUAAACCCCCGUUAUUUUUGCCUAGAUUAGUUUUUUUUAACUAAUAAAAUCUGUCAACAUUGAAGUUGCUGUUUAGUAGAUAAGUGAGUGAGCUGGAUCUUGUGUAUUGUAUAAAUUGGCCCACAGGAGCACCCCAUUUAUGCAUGUUCAGGUGUGUGCAGCUCCCUGGUUUCAUAUAUAUAUAUAUAUAUACCAACGCCUUGGUUUUGCACCCUUCCCUGUCACAGGUGCCUCAUCACAGUCCCCUAUUUAGCCUUGUACUGCAGAGAGUCCCAGAUGGAAUUGUUCCCCCAAGUAAGUGGAUUUAUCGCAUAAGAGCAGACAUUAAGCUGUUAGAGUAGGACCUGCCAAACAUGAGGUACAUUAUGCAAUGUAUGAUCAUAAUGUAACUAAACCCCCCAUUAUUUUUGCCUAGAUUAGGUGUUUUAAAAAAAAAAAAAACUAAUAAAAUCUAUCAACAUUGAAGUUGCUGUUUAGUAUAUAAGGGAGUGCGCUGAAUCUUGUGUCUUGUAUAAAUCGGCUCCCAGCAACACCCCAUUUAUGCAUGUUCAUGUAAGUGCAGCAACCUGGUUUCACAUUUUAUAUAUAUAUAUAUAUAUAUAUAUAUAAAUAAAUGUAACAAAGUAGGUGAUAAAUAUAUUCAACCAUGACAGGUGCAUUUUGUGCUGAGGUAUGUUGCCAUAGAUCUCUUAAAAGAUUUUAGAUUGAAUGAAGCUUUGACUGUGUCCCUGAGGUUAUUCUAUAAUUGCGGUGCUCUGUAGGAAAAUGAGGAUCGAGCCACUUUAUUUUUGUAUUGUGGUAUGCUAAAUAUCGUGCUAAAAUAUAAACCUUUUCUUUCACUUUGAUUUUCAGACAAUUGAAAUGUUAGUAAAUAAUCUUGUGUUUGUAUCAACUAUAUACUCCUAUUUCCAAAAACAAGGGGUGUGGAAUUUCUGUUUCUCAACGCUUGCAGCAUAUAGUCCUGGUGCCAGGUUUUUGUUUUUUUUGUUUUUUUUAUCCCUUUAGCAGUGCAGCAGGUAAGUGGCUGGACUGCUACAGAAAGGCCUUAGAAGGCCAGGGCCAGAGCGGGAAUGUAAGUGGUGCAGACCAUAUAAAUCUUGUGGUCCCAGCUCACUAGUGGAUCAGGGCACAUCCGCCAUUAUUCCCAACUUGCCCCCAUGAAAUUAGUGUGGUCUGCACCCACUGGAGUUGCAGACAGCCAGGGGACUUUAAAACCACUCCCUGCAGAAAGAAAAGCAAUACACAAAGCACUGCAGCUACCACACACUGCACACAGCAGGUGCAAACACACAUUCCAUAAAUACUACACACAGCCAGCACGUAUAUAACUCUAUGGAGGGCACACUAGGCCUGUGACUCUAUUUUGACUGUUGGGACAAGUAGAUUUGGCAUUAGUCUCCCAUAUCUCCGAAAUAUGAGAGGUUCAACUACUCCAUUUAUAACAAGCUAGUGAUCUACUAAGGCCAAACCACCUACCUGUGAUGAAAAAUAGGAUUUUGGUCACAAAUGGUCAUAAAUAGAUCAACAGCCACAAAGUAUCCGACUAGUGGCUGCAACUUAGUCACAUGGUCGUGUAUUCACUAAACUCUGAAUUGUUUUGGGUUGAUCUACAAAUAGUAAAAUAUAGAGUACAAUAUUUAAUUAUAUUAAAAGAUUGUCCAGCUCAGCUGAGGGCCAAGUUUUAAAUUAUUUCAGCUUUUUUUUUUAUUUUGAAGUUUAGAAUGUAAUUUGCUAGACUUAAUGAUGUCAGCACUUCCCCAGGAAGCACCUCCAGUAGCCAUCUGAGGAGUGGCCAGUGAAAGUUUCCCUAGGCUGUAAUGUAAACACUGCAUUUUCUGUGGACAAAACACUGUUUACUGCAGAAAGCCUGCAUAUAAUGAUUCUACUCACCAGAACAAAUACAAUAAGCUGGAGUUGUUCUGGUGACUAUAGUGUCCCUUUAAAUCUGUAUAUUUAAAAAAACUCCUGCAGUAUGUAUAAUGGGCACAAAUAUAUAUCAAAGUUUAUAUACCUUCCCACCAAUCAUGAAAAACAGCCAAAAAAACCCCCCAGAAUCUAAAACACAGAACACCCUGGAUAAAGCAGCCAGUAAGUAUUGGCCGCUCUCCUCCUGCUAUCUUACAUGACUCACGGCAGAAAUGUCUCUGGAUUCCAAGCUGCAGUUCAGUAUUUAAAAGGCUCCGGUCACAUGACCCCUAAUAGCCAAUCCCUGUAUGUGGGAGGGUAGAAAAUCUUUGUUUCAGGAAGAUAUUGCUGAUACUUGUAUCGUGGUAAGUAUAGAAGGGAGGGGAUAAUUUGGCACCAUAUAGAACAGUAUGGACUACAUCCAUACUUUAUGAUCAGUUACAGGCUACGCCUACAUGCCUCAAUUCUGAAGUAUGAGAUAAGUAGAACAUAAAAAACAGGGAUUUAUUCACUAAACAGUAAGUUGACAGUGAGUUGAAAUGAUUAUUACACAAUAGCAGAGUUAGAAAAAAUAAUUCUCUGCCUCUGCAAUGUCAACCUACAUAAUGAAACCAGGGUGUCAACUCACCUACACUCACUGUUUAGUACAUAAUGGAUAACCUUGGCACUCAAGAUGCUUGCUUUUCUUCUGGUGUUUAACCCCUUAAGGACCAAACUUCUGGAAUAAAAGGGAAUCAUGACAUGUCACACAUGUCGUGUCCUUAAGGGGUUAAUCAAACAGUAGGGAACAGUGGGAAAAAAAUAGGCAAAGGCAAUAAAGUAAAUCUCCAACUCAGAGCUACACUUGCAAGCCUUACUCCUAAAUGGGGAAGGUAGCCGUUUAUUUUCCUACAUGAUAUUCAAAAAACAGGGUGCAAGAGAAUACUGAGAACGGACAACAUCUCAAAUAAUCUGCCCUUGAAUGCGUCCCCGCUCAGAUCUCAAGCUGGUUGUAGCUCAUCUUGUGCCGUUACAAAAAGAACCAGGGCCAUUCACAUAUCAGACUGAUCCCAUCCAUAAGGGCAGAACAAAUCCAAAAUGCAGGCCAGCUCUCUCUGCACGAGAGCGACAGCAACCCCAGACGAUUGUUUGAACCUUGUUAGGCAUUGUCAAUGAGGUAUAGUCACAAUCUCUCUAGGCACCGUAAGCAAGGGGACCACGUCUGGAUUACCCUUUAAAUUUAGAGAGCGCAAAAAACAGGGUGUUAGAGAGUACUGAGAACAGACAACAGCUCAAAUAACCUGCCCUUCGGCAGGUCCCAUCUCAAACUGCUUUUAGCUCAUAUUGUGCCAUUACAAAAAGUUCCAGGGCCACAAAGGUGGAACAGAUCCAAAAUGCAGGCUGGCUUUCUCUGCACGAGAGAUACAGUAACCCCAGACGAUAUUGACUGUGUUUUACCUAUGACUUAUGUAUGUUAAUGUUUUAGGUUGCUUCUUAAUGCACAUGCGGCUCUAAGGUAGCAUAAACUGGAUUGUAUUACUAUAAUUUUCGGAAAUACUGGAUUGUAUGUUGAAUGCUACUGAUUUAAAAUAAAAAUAUAUAUUUAUUUUUUUUUUACAAAAAAAUAAAUAAGAAUAAAACAAAUUUCCAACUCCAAUGUAGUCACAUUUUGGGCAUUUUAGCCCCCACUGAGUGCUCACUUCCUUUCAGUCAGGCCGGGAACAGGUAACUGAAUCUCCUGUACCGCGCGGUACCCGGCCGGACUGACAGGACGAAGAGGAGCUCGGCCACCCACUCUGCACAGGGAAGGGGAGGUGAGAAGAGAGGGAGGAGUAAAAAAAUAGAGGGGGAAAAAAUUGGGGGGAGUAAAAGAAAAUGGAGGGGGGGAUUAAAAAAUACGAAGAUGUGGACCAGUUUAGGGGUAGAUACAGAGAGAUAAACCAGUUAAGGGGGUGAUACAGAGAUAUGGACCAGUUCACUAGGAGAUAUGGACCAGUUAUGGGGAUUAAAAAGAAUGGAGGGGGGGAUUAAAAAAGAAUGGGGGGAGUAAAAAGAAUAUAUCGCAAUUAGCCUCCUGUGUGCUAGACCAGCAGGCAUGGAUUAUAUGCCCAAACAGCCUGGCACAUACCUGGAUUUUAAAUGCUAUUUCAGAUUAUCAUUAUUUAAUGUCUUGCUGUGUAGCUCUGUCUGCUCACUGUACAUCAUGGCUAAUUUUUAUUUGGUGUGCAUUGGAAGAGGGGUAGUCUUAUACGGCGAGUAUAUCCCAAACUCUAUAUUUUAACUGGAAAAGUUGGGGGUCGUCUUAUACGCCGGAAAAUACGGUAGUUGUAUGCAUCGCAGAAGAACAGGUAGGCACAACAACGGAGUAAAUAAGAUACACUUCAUACCUGUAGAGAAGUUGCAGUGCCAGAGAAUAACACCAGCCAUCAGCCCAGAAAAAUAGACAUAAACAUAAACAAAAAAAAAAACAUACUGCAAUAGAAUAAUAUUAAAAAGUCAACUCUAGGCUUAUUGCGUUAUAGCCAAUCACUGAAUCAGCAGCCACAGGAGAGCCUGCAGUCCUGUCCUGGUACUGCUCAGUCCAGUAGCAUCUGGCUGUGACUGAUGGGAGUUUGGCCCUCCCCUCUCUCCCUCUGCUACACAACUCAUUGCUAGGCUGGGAGGAAGUGACUUGUACUCACUACCUGAUAGCACUGCAGCUUCACCUAGAACAGUAAGCAUUGUCAGCUGUUAAACGGCCUCUGCUCCUGAGCGUGCCCAUUAUCAAAUAUGGCCAUCAGGUGCCUCUAAGGGUGUAGACCACCUGAUGGGCUCUCCUCAGCUCAUGGGCCCCGGUGUAGAUCCACCACGGAGAAUGAGAUUGGAAGGAUAAAAUACAUAUGUUUUAAGAAAUACUCAUAUUAGGCACAAAAAAGGCAUAUCUAUUAUCAAAAAUGUAUAAUUAUUUAUAUAUCUCCAACAAAGACCACAGUACAGUAUAGUUGAAUAAGCAGCAUGCAAUAGUUUAAAAUAUUGAUAGCAUAGUAUUGAGGUUGAGUCCUGCCCAAGGGCGCUUACAGUCUAAAGGUUUGCAUUAAUUUCUCCCGCAACAAUUAAUCAGGAAGCUGCAGCCAUCGUCAAAGUUCUAAAAGCAGGCGUUCAAUAUUGCAGCAACACCUUUCAUUUUCAAGUACAAAGUCGACUGAACCAUAAAACUGACCUGUACGGUAUCUCCUCCCACACUUUAUUUACCAAAGGCAUGACGACAGCUCUAUUCCCGAUUGUAAAUCUCACCUAUUUCUAAAUAUUCUGUUCUAACCCCUAAUACAGGGUCAGUUUGUUCCCGUGGAGAAGAUACAAUGUCUACACAAUGGGAGGACAUGCCUCAAGAAAUCCUUGCACAAAUCUUUUACUACCUACCUCUAGGAGACAGACGGACAGUAUCCCAGGUGUGCCAGUCCUGGGCAUGUGGAGUGGCAUCUUCCACAGUUUGGCACUACACAGAGAUUAGGUAUGUAUUAGCUUUGUUCCUCAACACUGUAAUAGUUAUAACUUGGGACCAUUCAAAGCAAGCCAUGAGCUGAAAUGAGUGGAUGUCCCAGUCUCUGGUCACGGAUAUAUAUACCGAUAAGUAGUUUAUUUGAAUUUAUUCUCACUACUAUUGUGCUUGUUUUACUUGUCUUGUAGUUUUUCAGCUUUGGUUGUUUGUUUUCUUCCCCCCUAUAAAGAAGGUUCACUCAACCCAUUCACUUAAAUGAAUUCCACUGCUUUAACUCUUGUUUUUAAUAAAGUACCUUUAAAUCUUUAAGGAUAGAGGUAAUUUUAAUUGUAAGAACCUAAAGAAAACCUUGAAAAAUGUGUUUGUUCCACCAUAACUUAACCCCUUAAAGGACCACUCUAGGCACCCAGACCACUUCAGCUUAAUGAAGUGGUCUGGGUGCCUGGUCCAGCUAGGGUUAACCCUUUUUUUUUUUUUUUAUAAACAUAGCAGUUUCAGAGAAACUGCUAUGUUUAUAAAUUGGUUAAUCCAGCCCUCAAAUCCUCUAGUGGCUGUCUCAUUGACAGCCGCUAGAGGCGCUUGCGUGAUUCUCACUGUGAAAAUCACAGUGAGAACACGCAAGCGUCCAUAGGAAAGCAUUGUAAAUGCUUUCCUAUGAGACCGGCUGAAUGCGCGCGCAGCCAGCCGAAAGGGAGGAGAGGAGGAGGAUCUGAGGCGGCGGGAGGGGGUCCCUGAGGGUGGGGGCACCCUCAGGGCACUAUAGUGCCAGGAAAACAAGUAUGCUUUCCUGGCACUAUAGUGGUCCUUUAAGGACACAUGACAUGUGUGACAUGUCAUGAUUCCCUUUUAUUCCAGAAGUUUGGUCCUUGCAGGGUUAAGCCUUCCUCUAGUGGCUGUCUACUAGACAGCCACUAGAGGGACUUCUGUGUUCAUAGAACAUGAAAAGUGUUUUAAAACGACGCUGGACGUCCUCACGCUAUGUGAGGACUUCCAGCGUUGCCGAAAUUCCACACUAUCCACAACCCUAAAUAGCUUUAACCCAUUCCUUACACUAAUUAACCCUACAGUUAACCCUACCGUAACAGUAACCCUAUCAAUACCCUAAGGAAAGUUUCUGCAAUUCUGAUAUCUAUUAAUAUGACUGCCAUCUACUCACCGUUUUCUUAAAGGGACACUUCAGGCACCCAGACCACUUCUGCCCAUUGGAGUGGUCUGGGUGCCAACUCCCACUACCCUUAACCCUGCAAGUGUAAUUAUUGCAGUUUUCAUAAACUGCAAUAUUUACAUUGCAGGGUUAAGCCUUCCUCUAGUGGCUGUCUACUAAACAGCCACUAGAGGGACUUCUGUGUUCAUAGAACAUGAAAAGUGUUUUAAAACUACGCUGGACGUCCUCACGCUAUGUGAGGACUUCCAGCGUUGCCGAAAUUCCCAUAGGAAAGCAUUGUAUAAUGCUUUCCUAAGGGGAGGUCUAAUGCGAGUGCCCCGCGGGGGGAGGAAAGUAGGCGAUGGACUCUGGUAAGUCACUAGAGGGGUUUUAACCCCUUCAGCAACUUGGGGUGGGAGGCAGAGGGGCACUAGAGUUUCCUGCAGUGCCAGGAAAGCACUAGAGAAUCCCUUUAAGUACUUUCUAUAGAAUUAUGAAUGGAGCCUACUUUCCAACCGAUUACAAUGUGAUCGGGGCUGGCCAGUUAGCAAAGAUCACUCCUUGUUUUAUUGAUUGCAUGUAAUAUUCUAAUUUACUGAGAUUGUGGAUUUGGGGUUUUCACGAGCUGUAAGCCAUAAUCAUCGCACUUAUGACAAAUCACGGCUUUAACUAUCUUGCUUUGCAUGUAAUGCGUCUAUCUCGUAUAUUAGUUUCCCCUUUUACGUUGCAUUACUGAAAUGAAUAAACUUUUGCACGAUAUUCUAAUUUUUUGAGUAUCACCUGUACAUAAGGAUAUUCACUGAAUGAAGACUCCGAGCACCAUAACCAUUUCAUUUUGAUGUAGUGGUUAUGAAUCCAGAACUACUAUAGCACCCUCUGCAAACCAAUUAAGAACAAAUUGACAACUUUCCUGGGUCUCCCCUGGUACCUAUCACUACAGCCAUUCUUCCACUGAGCUAAGCAAGGCCGCUCUCGUUGGCUCAGAUAUUCAGCCAGUGAGCAUGGCCCUAUGUCGGGCUGUGCUUAGCUGUGGGGAGACAGGUUGCAGAAAAAGCUGGAUGUGGAACAGGCGGCCUGAGGGACCAGAUAGGUUGUCAAACUAUUCUUUAAACGGUUUGACUACUUACUCUUGGGAGGGUGCAAAGGCAUUUGGCACCAUAACCAAUAUAGCCGGCUAUAUUGGUUAAGGUUCUUGGAGUGUUCAUUUAACACAUCUUUACCUCAUAUAAUACAGUUUAUUCAUAUAUUUCUUUUACAUUAAUUUUACUGUCAUUUUUACCAUUUUAUUUACAACAUGACUAACCAUAUAAAUACAUUUAAAUAAUUCAUCAAUGCAUAUUGUACAGAUUUUCCUUUUUUUUUUUAAAUUUUUUUUUUUUGAAGUGCACAGAAAACAUUACAAGCAGGCAUGAGGUGCCCCGAGAGCAAUCCUCAGGCUUUUUCUCGCAAAACAUGCGGGGCAUUUGCUUACAAGGCACAUUUUUUAUAUUAUUGUUAGCUUAUACAAAUCAGUUCGUGUGAGUAGUGUUACACUUUAAUUAGGCUAGGACAGUGUUUAAACUAGUCUGCGUGCAUCACAGGUUAUACAUGUUAUGUAUAAAAUUAAUGAGAUGUGUAUUCAAACGGUUCUGCCUUAUUUUACAAUAGAUAUUCAUCUCAAGCUAGGUAUAUGUUACGUAAGCUUAAUCCAGAACAACAAAUCUGCUCUGCAAACACAUUUUACAAGGGUUAAAUAAGCAUAUAUAGCGGUGUGCAUUAAAUCAAGACAUAAAAAUGAGUUUUGCAAGGUGAGCUAAGAUUGCCACUGGGUCAUUCCUGUAGAUGGGAGCAUAUAAGGUCCCGAGUGUUCAAGAGUAUGGAACAUAUUCAGGUUGGACUGUGCAUUAGGGGACCAGCGUUUGUUUGUGUAUCCCAUGCCUGGUGCUGUCCGGCUGCUUGCUCAGAUGGGUGCGUUGCGCCUCACAGGAAAGUCCUGGAUAUAAGUGCAGCCAUUGGUGUUGCUUCCCGGGCGUAUCAGGUGGGCCCCCCUUGCAUGAUGAUGUCCUCCCCAGGUACAGAGGUAUUCCUUUUUAAACCAAAUUAUAUGAUGUAGGCUUCCCUUUGGUCCGCCGACGCUUCUCUGGGGCAGGUUUCCGUGGUGGUCAGAUGGCAUUUGAUGGCUGCCUCUGCAGCAGGCGCCAUCUUGCUGGCAGGUCGCACAUGCGGCUGGCGUGCGGCAGCCAUCUUGGAGGAUUGCCGCUUGAGAGUGUGCCGCAGCAGAAUGGUAGCUUACAUCCCAGCUUGGCAUGACAGUAGUUGCUUGUGCAGACCGGGAUGACCCCCCCGGUCCAGAGGGGGGGGGGCGCCAGACGCCGGCCGGAGACCCGGGAGAGCGGCCGUCUCUUCCCGGCUCAAGCUCCAGCAUGCCUCGGGCCUUCGUCGGGUUACUGUAGGUGCCGGGCAGAGUCUGGAAGGUAUCGCCUCGUAGCCCAUGUUCUGGGGAGCAUUGUGGUCUGUGUUACGGGUGGUUGGGGAGUUUCAGCCUCCAGUUUGCGCCGAUUUUCGGGCUCCAAGGCAGGAGCUCAGACUAAACACGUCUGAUCCCGUCGGCGGUCCGGCCCCGCCCCCAUUGUACAGAUUUUCAUCCCACCAAGGUAAUGGUAAAAAAAGAAAAAGAAACAAACAAACCAAAAAAUGUAGCUAAAAUAACAACUGUAAGUCUUUUGGGUGAACUACCACCAAACUACAACAUCUGAGUGCUACAUUAUUUGACAAUUCUUUGAGCCUUAAUUUGCAAAGAAACAUUUUCAGUUAUUGUGAGAAGGCCUUUUGUAACAGUGGCACAUACAGGGGCGUACCUAGAGCAUUUGGCACCCGCGGCUCAGACCCACACACAUACAACCACAGACACACCAUAACAUACACAUAAUUAGAUGUACACACACACUCAUCACAUACAUACACACAUUUAAUAAGAGGUCCACCCAACCUUCCUACCUUGUUCUGGGAGGGCUGGUGGUCAGUGGUUGCUGCUGGGAUCUCUGUGCUAGUCCUGCACAGCCCCUUGCAUGGACUGUAAUGACGCCGAUGCCGGGAUGACUUCAUGUCCCAGCUGCUGGCUCACUGCAGGGUGAAGACAGUCAGACACAGUCAGAUGCACAGUUAUACACAUAUACUGUCAAAUACAGCCACAUGCACAUAGUUACUCGCACACAGUCAAACACACAGUUACAGACAGACAGUCACACACAGUUACACACACAGCUACAGACAGGCAGUCACACACACACACACACACACACACAGUUAUAGGCAGUAAUACACACAAUUUCAGGCAGACUAACACAGUUACAGGCAGCAUCACACAGUCACAGGCAGAUAGUCAUUCACACUCAGUGACAUGCAGACAGUCACAUAUACGGUCACAGUUACACACACACACACAAACACAGCACACACUCUCUCUCUCUCUCUCUCUCUCUCUCUCUCUCACUGGUGGAAGAGUGGAGUCAGUGAAGUCCCUGGUCUGUAGGUGUUGGGGAAUCGGGGAAUCCUUCCUGCUUCCCCUCUGUGUGCAGCAGCAGUGGGUGGAGACAGCCUUUUUUGUGCCCCGCUGACGAUUUGGCUCCCCCCAUGGCCGAUUUGGCUCUGCCCCAACUCUCCGUGCAGUUCUCCUGCUCUCGGCCCCUGCGUGUGUGAGCUGUGUCGGCUGUCCGGCAUCCUGUGCAGCCACACAGCUCACACCUCCCCAAGCCUGGCCAGCACUGGUGGCACCCCCCUACCUUGUGGCACCUGGGGCGGACCGCACCCCAGCCCUCCCCUUAAUACGCCACUGGGCACAUAGGGUAUUUACUUUCUAGUUAGUUGUUAAAACAACAUGGCUACCACCCAAUUACCCCAUUUUGUUUUUUUAAAUAAAGAUUGAGAUUGCAAGAAAAAAAUACAAAUCAAGAAUUACCACACCAGUCUCACUAAAAUUAUUUGGCACAGAGAAAGAAACAUACACAUUUUUAGCAUUUAGCUAAGUAAUUGUUCUCUGAAGGAUUCAGUCAAUAUAACUAAACAUAAGUACUGGUUAAGAGUACAAUGAAUGCAAAGACUAAUGGAGCUUAUGUCCCUUUCCUUUUGGUUAUAGCUGGGUGUCGGAAGAAGAGUUGCUAACACUCGAUGGAUUAGAGCACUUUCUGGUCCAGAUACAACAACUAAAGAUUGUUUUUGACCAAUCCAAAGAAGCAAAUCGCAAUAAUGUAAUAAAUAUUAUAGAUUGUCUGGCCAAAGAGAAAAACAAAUUGCAAAGCCUGACUAUUGAAUGCAGUGGAGAACACCCUUUAUUUUAUUCGGGGCAGGAAAUUUUGGGAAGCAUCAUGAACCUUUGUCGGAAGGAAAGUCCUGUUGACCUCCAACACAUUGAUCUACGAAAGUUCCCUUUUACACUUAGUGAUGGUUUUGUAAGACUUAUUGCUCGAGGGAGCCCAAAUCUACAUAGUUUGUACAUAAACAACGGCACAUUAGUUUGUAAAGUAACCUCUGAAACGUUGAAAGCAGUUUUAGAGUUUUGCCCCAAACUCUCUGUCCUAGGCACCUUUUGUUCCAGGUUGACUGAAGAGGUUUUCCAUGAAUUUAUGAAACCAUGCAGGCCACCACUUAUGCGCCUGGAUAUUUUGUGUGAAAGGUUGGAUAAAUACACACAUUCCAUAUCUGAUGAAGCAUGGGGUGAGCUUUUUCUACGUCAUCCCACCCUUCGUGUGGACCUAGAACUUGAUCACACUAUCCCUGCUGAGAAAAUCCUUCAAACCUUACAACCAAAUAUUCCUGUGUCAACCUUACAACUCAACACCUUCAACGAAAUGGUGAACCAAAUUAGAUUUGUCACCAACCACUACUGGCGCACUCUAAAUAAGCUAGUUAUACGCACCACCUCAUCCAGUAACCUAGACUCUGCUCUUAUUGAUUUGGCUACAAAGUGUGGUGGAUUGGAAGAAAUUCAUUGCUACUUUUUAGUAGGACCUGAAGUGAUUCAAGCUUUCCUAAAACACUGUCCUCGCUUGAAAAAAUAUACUCUUAAAAUUAUCAAAGAAAAACACCCAUGGAAAGCAAUAUGGACCCAGCCAUCUACAGACUAAUACAUAAAUGCAAAUAUGCUGUAAGUAUUGAUAUAAAAUAUUUAAUACAAAAUUAUGAAUGCGCUUUCAUCUAUGCAUAUUAACCCCUUAAGGAUCAAACUUCUGGACUAAAAGGGAAUCAUGGCAUGUCACAAAUGUCAUGUGUCCUUAAGGGGUUAAAUAUUGUUCCACAUUUUAGGUACUUAUGGAAAAUGCAGCAGGUGUAAGUCUUAAGGCACUGUGAGUGGAGAUUAAAAGAGGUCCCCAUGUUAUUUUAAUGGGUCCUCAAUGAAACAAACAUCAUAUUCAACAAGUCCAAGGUAACUUCCCACAAUAGAUUACUAGCUCCCCCAGAAAAAUGGACAACCUCUGAACAAUGGGGGAAGACUAAUGAAGCCGUUUUUCUAAUAAUACUGGUUUAUAUAUGCACAUUAGGCCCUAUAGUCCCAAUGUGCAUGUAUAUGUACUACACACACACACACACAUAUUUAUAUGCACAUAAAGUCCAAAAACGUGCACUCCUGGUUAUAGCCAAUAAAGCCCGCUGCCGGUUUGGCAAAAAUUGUUCAAAAAAACAAGGAAAAACCGCACUCCAGGGACUUAGUAUUACAAAAUAUAAAACUUAGCUUUUAUUUACAUGAUCCAAUAAAAUCUCAACGUUUCAGCUUCCAACAGAGCUUUCAUCAGGACAAUAAACAUACACUAAUGAACAGACAUGGAUUAUAUACCCUUACCGUAAUUAAAGUAAAUACUUACCAAGCUGAUGAGGACAGUGUGUACAGCCGGCUCAAACCCCAGCUCACUCUGCCAGGUACAAGCAUGCUGAAGGCCUAGAAGGGAGUGACGUUUGCAUUCCAGCCUGUUGUUUGAGUUACCCCUGCAACACAUAGUGCUGCAGUACCUGUGUGCACAUAUACACACAUUCAUAUAUGUGUAUGUAUGUAUAUAUCUCCGUCAGGGUCCUCUCUGCUGUCAGAACAUUGCUGCGGGUCACAAUGGCCAGGCUCGCAAGAGAAGGAGAGCCAAGCUGCUGUCUGACUGCAGAGGUGGAAGAUGUAACUCCUGGGCCCCCUCUUCAGUAUACAAGAUGCUGUGCAACCGAACCACCGGGGAAACUAGUGUCCCCUGAAUUUUACAUUUAAAAACAAAAAAACCUGCUCACUCUCCCACAGCCCUUAUCCAACACCAAAAAACACACACUCUGCAUCCACUACACAAACUACCACACUGCAUCCACUACUUGGGGAUGGGCUCAGUGGGCCAACUCAGUGGUGAGCUCUGGGAGCCCAGUGCUUGAGCCGUGUAAGGGGCUUAAACAUUUCUGAUAGCAGCCUGAUGGUGCCCAUGGGAUCCUCAGAAUUGAAGAGACAAGGUCUUACAAACAUAUUUUCCUUUCCACCUCAGACAAUCACAAACAAAAUAUUAAUACCUGAUUGUACCUGUACAGUGUGCCACCUCAGAGAGGACAAAUAAUUGAUUUAUGCAAUCUGAGUUGUUAUAGAAGUGAAGCAAGUGAGGAUUAUACAUUUUAUUCUAAUGCAUGCUUUCACUAUAUGAUAAGGGUUUAAGAAAUGUGAGUACCGGAGGCAGAAUUAAAGAAUCAGAAUUGACUCUUAGUGCUGAGUGCUGACUGAGUGAGCUAGGUGAAUGAGCUAAGAACGAGUGCAGUGACAGAGCUGAAUCUUUUGCACACGUCCCUUAGAGAUGUCACAAUGCAGCCAGACGUCUCCUAGUGACUCAUCUUCCUGAAUAGGCCGUGCUCACAGAAAAACCACCAACUGAGCUGAGUGGAACACUGAUCUGGGCUGGGUAUUCCUCUAAACUAGGCCACUGAAUGGAUGGACGGGACAUUCUACAACUGACUAACCAAGACUGGAUUACAUAACAGUGAUUUAUAGGUCACUUGACAUCUUAUGGCUCAAUUAAAUAAAAUAAAUACAUAUAAAUGAUAAUAUACACACACAAAUAAAAAUAAAACUCUUGUGUCAGCAUGAAAAUGUAUCAUAAUACGUUUUAAUGAUAUUUCCUGCUAUCAUCACAGUCUUGCCCCUAAAGGUUCUAUGCAAUUAUUGCAUUUUUAUUCCAUUAUAAGAGGCAAUGUGGCAAGUUUGAUAACAUAUGAUAUAAGGUAAUAAAAAGAUAAAAAACAGCGCUCGACAAAUUCCAGGCACCAGGAAAUUUGUCCUGGCAUCUGGGAAUUUUUUGAGACGUUCCCUCUGGGUCGGGCACCGAUGGAGCUGUGAUCUUCCUGCUCUGCUCCCUCUCGUGCGCGCCACUUGGUGAUGCCAGAUAUGACGUCACUCCAGCCCCAGCAUCACUAAGCAGCGUGUGAAAGAACAGAGCAGGAAGAUUACAGCUCCCUUGAGGCCUGCCUUCACUCUACCCCAGCCUACGGCCCACUGGACCACAGGGAAAGCUGGUCCACUCUACCGAAGAAGGUAGGGAGGUUGAGUGGACUUACAUUGAAUUAAAACAUAUAAUUUGUCAGUGUAUGUAUCCGUUUCUGUCACUGUCAGUGUGUGUGUCUGUCUGGGUAUGUUUGUGUUUCUAUCAGUGUGUGUCUCUCAGAUUAGGUAUGUAUUUCAGUCAGUGUAUACUGUGUGUGUCUGUCAUGGUAUGUGUGUCUAUCACGGUAUGUGUGUGUCUGCCAAUGAGUGUGUAUGUUUAGGUGGCCUACCCCCUCCGAUUGUUUAGGAAUGGUGUUUUUACUCACCGUUUUUUACAUGUCAGGCCGGUCUCCCCGGGGCUGGUCCCUUCUCCAUGCCUGAGAUACUCAAGCUUGUUAAUCUCAGCUCAUUCAAUGCUCUUCCAUUGGCCCAUAGGAAAGUAUUGUUAAGCUAUUACGUAUGCGCUGCAAAACGCUGUGCCAGUCAAGCAUCUCCUCAUAGGGAUGCAUUGAAUCAGUGCAUCUAUAUGGGAAACCUUCAGCCCCUCCAUGCAGAGCACACUGUGCAGCAAUGAGAGAAGAAGCACUUUAAUGGCAGUCUGAGUGACUUCCACUAGAGGUGUCACUAGACAUACAUGUAAACACUGUCUUUUCUCUGAAAUGGCAGGGUUAACAUUGAAAAACCUGCAGGGACAGGCUAUAUACACCAGAACCACUACAUCAAGCUGUAGUGGUCCUGGUGACUAUAGUGUUUCUUUAAGAAAGUUUUUUUUUCGUUGAAAAUUAAAAAAGGUGAAAAGCUAUGUAAAUUUAACAAAAAAAAACCUAACUUUUUAGGUGGCUGGAUUCGAAACAAGUUUGUCAAGCCCUGAUGUGGAAAUAUAUAAUUGUUGCAUUAAAUAAUCAAAUGAAAUAUAUUAACACAGCUAGAAGACUAGUUUAGGAUUCCUGGAAAUCAUUAAAGGGACACUAUACACACCAAAACCACUACAUUAAGCUGUAGUUCUUCUGUCUAUAGCCUGUCCCUGCAGGCUUUUUAAUGUAAACACUCCCCUUUCAGAGAAAAGGCUGUAUUUACAUUACUGCCUUGCAACACCUCUAGUGGCAGUCACUCAGAUAGCUACUAGGUGCUUCCUGCGUCAGUGAUGCACAAUUUGCAGCACUAACGUUCAGCGUCUCCAUGACGUUCAAUGCAUCUCAAUGAGGAGAUGCUGAUUGGCAUAGCGUGAGCAUUAGCCUCCCGAUGCUUUCCUGUGAGAAAGCAUUGGAUUACCUGAGGGGCAGGGGCUGUGGGCCUAAAUUGUGUUUUACACCGAUUGUGUCAGGAAUACAUAUUUGUAUUCCUGACAUUAUAGUGUUCCUUAAUAAACAGAUAUAAAUAAUUUGGACUUGAUACUAUGAUUUUUUUUUUAUGAACAUAUAGGGUAAAAACAAACAAAAUAUUCUAGUGUAGUAUAUAUAAUAAAUCCAUGGGAUAUAUUUUGUGAUCACAAAUGCUAGGUCAUGGAUUCCCCAGCCUAUAUUACUGACCCUAAAUUGUACAAAUAAAAGUGUCAUUUCAAGUGACACUAUCUUUUUAUAAAAGCAUAUAGCUCAAAUAGGUACUCUAAAGAAAGAAAGAAACACAAGGACUCUGCACUUUUUUUCUCAAUCCAGUUUGUAAUGUUUGUUAUUGAAUUUUACACACGUGGCUGUGUGUGUGUCACAUGGUACAGGGGGUGUGUUUGUGCACUUGUCUGUGUUUUGCACUCAGUCCCAGCUCUGGUAUAUAUAGGAUCAGCUCAGCCCUGCAUUCCAUACAGCUUCACAGAGCAUCCAGAGAGCAUCACUGAGAUUCUGUUACUAUAGCAACAAGCAUGGACCCCCAGGACUGUAACUGUGCAACAGGUAUGGAUAUAGAAUCUAUUUGUAUAUAGCCAGAGCAUACCUCGAUAAUCUGUGUACAAUGAGUUAAUAAAAAAAUAAAAAUAAAUACUCCGUAGGAUUAUCCAAAAGGUAUUUCAGAACUAGCAAAAACGAAAUAUACUAAUUAUACUUAAAUAAAUGUGAUAUUGCUAUUUUAAUAGUAACUAUUUGACAAAUAAUGAGCCUGAACUCUAUAUUAGACUUAAACUCUAAUAUAUGUAUAUUGUGUAUAUAUUUUGCAGUACACGGAUAGAUUUGGUUCACUUUAAAUCCCAAAUAAUUCCCACAGUUUAUAACCACAAUAAUGAUGUCUCCAACCAUAUAACUAUAUUUUUUUACCUGGCUUGCCAAUUUCCCUUUUUCAAGGGUUAAAUUACUGCUAGUGCAGUGUUCGGUUUUAUUUUUUGGGGUGCAGAGAAUGCUUUGAAGCUGCUUGUUAACUGAUCUAUAUUUUCCCAAAUCUUUCUCUGCAAAUGUUGAGCAAUCCUGGUGUCACUGCACCAAUAUAGUUCUCGUUCACCAAUGGUCUACUUAUCCUAUUGGUCUAGAAUCCCCAUUGGAAUAGAAUUAGGAAAUCCAUACAUUCUGGACUCGUGUUUUGCCCCAAGGACUGGGUUGGGUACCACUAAUCUAGAGCGCCUGGGUGGGAAGCACUGCUCUAGGUCACUCCUUUCUGACACUGUCAGGGUCUCCAGGUGGAAGGUGUCAGGAUAUGACGCUCUAUAAACCCUGAGACCCAGCACAACAAUAAAGCUUAGUGAUCUAAACAAUAUACUUCUUUCAUCCAUGAGACCAGCUUGUAUGAUGCCUCCUUUAGUGCCAAGGAGGGUAAUAUAUGAAUGUUUAUUAAUCAUUGAGGAGAACCAUAUCCUGUUAUAGAGUCCACCAGAUAAUAUUAGGCAAUAAGCACUGCCUCAGCUAUACCAAGAGCUCCCUUCAUAACCCACCUCCAUUACUUGUUGUUAUCCGAUGCCCAUCAUAUAUCACUUGCUAUUCUCUCCUUUCUUAGGUGCCCACUGCCUUCUAUACACAGGAAACUGCAUACAGCAUAUAACAUAUUGUUCUAUCAUUUCUUAGGGGUCUCCUGCUCCUGUGCAAAUUCCUGCAGCUGUAAGAAGUGCAAAUGCUGCCCAAAAAGUAAGUGCUGCCAUCUAGUGUUAUAUUAUGAAACACACACUCUCUCAGUCCCAAAUCCCUCUGUCCCUCAAUCCUGCUUGAAACGCUGAACAUACAGAGAAAUCUGCACUUUGUGCUGGGGGCCAGUUGCCAAUUCCUGCUUUUCCCACAAUCCUGGUUUGUUUAAAGGGACACUCUGGAGUCCUAAAGCACAACUUCUUUGUUGUUGCAAUAAUGCACAAACUGCAAUAGUCUCUUUAUCCUACACAACUCAUCUUAACCCAAUCUGGCAUAGUGCCCCACCUGAGAUUGGGCUCUGGGUCCACCCUUGUUUGGAAACCACUAUUGAGGUAUAUUGGUAAGUGAGUAACCUGCUGUUUCUCCCUCCUCUCCCACAGGUUGCUGCUCCUGCUGUCCGGCCGAGUGCAGUAAAUGCAGCCAGAGCUGUCAGUGUGAAAAGGGAUGCGAGAGCUGCAGCUGCUGCAACUGAUUGGUGGAUCUAUGUCUGAGACGUGAUCUGUUACUCUGUAAUGUUUGUGUUAUGGUCUGAUCUGUAUGUUACUAAAGAUCUACAGCAUUAUUGGAAACGCUUGGCAAUGCAAAUGUCUCACUGAUUUCAUAAUUAUAGUAAUAAAAGAUUUUACUCAUUUUGUCUUUGAUUCUGUGAAAUUGGAAUGAAACCCAACAUUAAAGAUAAGGUUUUUUUUUUUUUUUUUAAUUCUUUAUUUUUGUUGUGCAGUACAUCUUCACAAUCUGACAUAGCCAAAGCAAAUUCUUUGCAUACCUCAGCAUAGUACAGGGACAUCCCUGUUUUGGCAUGAUACAUGUGCACAUUUAAACAUGGUUUUUAACUUUAAGCUAGGUACAACGAUAACUUAGUCAACAUCGUAGGCAUAACGUAGUGUGUUCCAUCUCUUAAUUCGAAUGCAGAGACAGCUGUACCUAUACAAAUUCGACACCAUACCCUAUAGGAGAGGGUCAUGGUGGCAAAAAGGAGGAGUGUGUGAGAACAGAGUAGAAGAGAGGAGAGAAGAGAUUAGAUGGGGCGUUGAGGCACAAGGGAGGAACCCGCAGGGGAGGGAGAGAAAAGGGGAGGGGGGAGGACCGCAAGGGCACCCCGAGGACCCCCAUCACCGCGGAACCCCCCAGCCAGUUCCCAAGAUACCAGAAGUCCCGCUGCAUGACCUAGCCGCUCAGCGGACUCUCGUCCCACGGCUCCCAUAGUCUAUGGAACGCUCCCGAGGACCCUCGUAUUCUAGCAGUCAGAUCAUCCAUAAGGUGUACCUCUUUAAUCCUUGAAAUUACACUCGCUAUGUGUGGUGCUUCUGGUUUUAACCAUGUGUAUGCUAUCGCUCGCCUUGCGGCUAAGGUAAUUUUGUGAAUUAGUGUUUGCUCCCUUUUCGUCCAUCCAUCUAUAGAUCUAUUCAGGAGAUGCACCCAUGGGUCUAAGUCUGGGGCCCUGUAAAAAACCUGCGUCAGAAGGUCCUUUAUGGCCAUCCAAAAUCAAGUGAUUCUUGGACACCCCCACCACAUAUGCAGGUAAGUCCCCUUUUCCCCGCACCCCCUCCAGCAUUUGUCCGUGGUGGUUUUGUUCAUCUUAAAUAGCUUGACUGGUGUCAUAUACCAACGGAACAUCAUUUUAAAGGAUUGUUCCUGCAAUGUUACGCACACAGAGGUGGUUCUGCUAGCCUCCCAUAUCUCCUGCCACUCUACUCCUUCAUUUUCCUCACCCAGGUCUCUUUCCCAUUGUGCAAUAUUGUUCAGCUCUCCCCAUUCCCAGGUUUCGGAGCAGAAGUGUGCAUAAAGUUGUGUUAUGAGUCCCCUAGGUAUACCUCCCGAGUCACACAUCGAUUCAAAAAACUUCAGUGUCUUGUGUGCUAUUGCUUUUAUGUGGGGCUGUCUGGCAAAGUCCUUAAUCUGCAGAUAUCGGAAGAAGUCCGCAGUUGUAAGGUGUCUUCCCUGUUUGAGUUUGUCAAAAGUAAUUAUGUCAGAGCCCUGGUAGAGAUGGUGUAUUCUCUGCAGACCCGCGUGUUCUAGAUUCCUAAAAUUCCUUGCCACCAUACCUGGGGUGAACGCCCUGUACUUCCGACUGCCAAUCUGUACUUCCGACCACAGGAAUCCUGCCAAUCUGUACUUCCGACCGCAGGAAUCCCACAGCCUAAGGGAAUUCAGAAUUGCCGGGCAGGUGACCCUAAUCAGAGGCCUAUGUUCCCUGGGAACCCACAUCGCAAACUGGGGCAAAUCUGUCCCCAUCAUGAGCGACUCUAAUUCCACCCAUUUCCGUUCGUCAGGGGGUGAAUGCCAUAGUGCUACCUGUGCCAAUUGUGCCACCACAUAGUAGUGAAAUAAGUCAGGAAGGCCGAGCCCACCCCUCGUCUUUGGCCAGUACAGGACGUGUCUAGAUAUGCAGUCUUUUUUAUGCUGCCACACAAAGUCACCUAUCACUCGGAGUGAGGUAAGUUGUGCCUUGGUCAGGGGGACCGGUAGUGCCUGGAAAAGGAAAAGGGCUCUCGGUAGUAUAUUCAUCUUUACAGAGUGAAUUCUCCCUAUCCAAGAUAUUGGUUUGUCGGUCCACCGUUCUAUAUCUCUUGUCAAUGUGUGCCAUAAGGGUGUAUAGUUGCAAGAGUAAAGAUUGUCUGGGUUAGCCGUUAAGUGAAUUCCAAGAUACUUGAGAGAGUGUGUUUCUAUCUUUAUAUGAUGCGCCCUGUGUAUCUGGGCUAUGUCUGCCACUUGCAUUUUUGUGGGGAGUGCACUCGAUUUUGCCAUUUUCGCCUUGAAGCCUGAAAUCUCCCCAUACGCUACUAAGACCUCACUCAACGCCCUCAGAGACCCUAGGCCUUGUGAGCGUCAGGAGCACGUCGUCAGCGUAAGCUGCUACUAAGAAUUCCUUGCCUCCCACCCUCACUCCCUGGACCUCCGGGUGUAUCCUGAGCGCCUGUAAAAAGGGUUCCAGCGAUAUGACAAAAAGUAGAGGGGAGAGUGGGCAUCCCUGCCUAGUUCCAUUAUAGCGUGGAAAGGGGGAGGGCGGUGCGCCCGAGAUCUGAACUUGUGCUCUAAGAUUACUGUACAUAGCCUUUACUACUGUAAGGUAUUCCGCAGGGAACCCCAGGUGUUGCAACACUGUAAACAUAUAAUGCCAUUUGACUCUAUCAAAGGCUUUUUCAGCGUCUAUAGAGACAGCCAGGGUAGGUGUGUUCAUGACUGUUUGUUUCCAUAUGAGGUCUAUAUUUCUAGGUGUAUUUUAAAAUAAUUGUCUCCCUGGAAUGGAGCCAACUUGGUCGGGGUCUAUUAGAGAAGUCAAGUGUGGGGAAAGUCGGUCUGCCUGUAUCUUAGCUAGUAUCUUCAUGUCAUGAUUUAUGAGGGAUAUGGGUCUGUAGCUACCAGGUAGUAGCGGAUCCUUGUCUGGUUUGGGAAGCAAUACAAUAGACGCCAAUGCCAUGUCAGGGUUCAGUGUGCCCCCCUCCCUAAAGUUGUUAAAUAGUUUAAGCAAGUGGGGUACAAGUUCCUCCCGAAAGGUCUUGUAGGAGGACCCGUCAAACCCAUUCGGCCCAGGUGCUUUAUUCCCUUUAAGCCCUGUGAUCGCCCUAUCUAUUUCCUUCUCAGUGGUCUCUGCCGCUAGCUGGGCUCUAGCCUCCCGGGAGAGCUUAGGUAAAGCUAGAUCUGUCAGAAAUCUGUAGAUGCGUUUCGUCUCUUGUUCCGCUCUCAGACCGUCCGUAGGUGUGUGGUUGUACAAUGCCUUGUAGAAGUCGCGAAAGACUCCCGCUAUUUCGCCUGGAGUAGUUUUUAGUGAUCCGUCUGUAUGUCUUAUGGACGUGAUAUGUGUAUGCCUCUGUCGGGGCCGUAAAGUCCUAGCUAAUAGGGUGUCCAUUUUGUUACCUUUUUUAUAAAAGGAUCGCUUAGACCAUGUCAUUGAUCGUGCCACAUUGUCUAAGAGCAGUGUUCUUAUGUCAUGUUUCUUAGCCUUGACCCGUCUCAGUGUCUCCCCAUCAGGGCAGGUUUGAUGUCUCUGCUCUGCUGUCUUGAGUUCAAUAAUGAGUCUCUCUAAGGUGUUUGUUUUUUGCUUUUUCUUAAUCGUCGCUAGGCGGAUAAGGGCUCCUCUCACUACUGUUUUGUGUGCUGCCCAAAUUGAGGGUACUCCUACGUUAGGUGAGUCAUUAAGGGUAAAGAAGUCUACAAUCUCCUUAUGUACUUGUUCUUUGAUCAUGGGGUCUCGUAUUAAGGAGGCGUUGAGCCUCCAUGUCCAGGGGGACGCUGCACAAAGAUUUCCCAGGGUAAUCGAAACCUCAGCGUGGUCAGACCACGUGAUGGAUCCUACAGACGAGCCAGUGGUGCACGCAAGGCAACAAUCAUUAGCCAAAAAAAAAGGUCUAUCCUGGAGUAUGUGCCGUGUGGGGCUGAGUAGUACGUGUAAUCGACCUCACUCGGGUGUGGAGCCAUCCAUACAUCCACCAAGCCUGAUCGUGUCGUAAAGUUGUGUAACAGUUUGUCCUGUCCCCCCCUCCCCUGUGACCUGGGCAAGCCCCUGUGGGUACUUCUAUCCACCGCAGGGCUCGGCGCUGCGUUGAAGUCCCUGCCUACAAGGACCAUGCCUCGCGGCAGCGUCUAGAUUUUGUAAGUAAUUGUUGGUUAGGGGCGUAGAUAUUAACCAGAUGGAUUGUAUGGGAAUAUAGAACCCCAGAUACUAUUAUUAUGAUAUUUAUAGAGCGCCGUAAAAUUCAGCAGCACAUUACAAUGGGUGGACGAAAAGACAUGUAGUUGUAACCAGACAAGUUGGACACACAGGAACAGAGGGGUUGAGGGCCCUGCUCAAAGAGCUUACAUGCUAGAGGGAGUGGGGUAAAAUGACACAGAAAGGUAAGGAUAGUAUUAGACUAGUGACAGUUGCAGAAGACGAAUCAGUCAGGAGCUAUUAACAGUUUAAUUGAUACGCUUUUAUGAAGAAGUGGGUUUUUAACGAUUUUUUGAAGGAGUGGAGACUGGGUGAGCAUCUAACGGACGAGGGAAGAGAGUUCCACAGGAAUGGUGCAGCCCUCAAGAAAUCUUGAAGGCGAGCAUCAGAGGUGGGAGUACGGACAGAAGAUAGGCAUAAGUCUUCAGCAGAUCGUAAGGGCCUAGACGGGACAUACUUGUGUAUAAGGGAGGAUAAAUAGGUGGGAGCUGCAUUAUGUAGAGAUUUAAAAGCAAGAACCAGAAUUUUAAAAUUGAGCUCUAUAUUUUAUAGGAAGCUAAUGUAGGGACUGACAGCAGGGUGAGGCAUGGGAGGUGCGGGCGGACAGGAAGAUGAGCCUCGCUGACGCAUUCAUUAUGGACUGUAACGGCGCAAGUUGGGAGCACGUAAGACCACUGAGAAGUGGAUUACAGUAGUCAAGGCGAGAAAGGACAGUGGAAUGGACCAACACCUUAGUCGCAUCUGGCGUUAAGUAGGGGCGGAUGCGUGCAAUGUUUUUGAGAUGGAAAUUACAGGAUUUGGCGAUAGAUUGAACAUGAGGCUUGAAGGAGAGGUCGGAGUCAAAGAGAACACCUAGGCAGCGAGCCUGCGUGGUGGAGCUGAUGGUAGCACUGUUGACUUGGAGGGAGACAGACACAGGAGUAAUAACACUUGAGGGAGGAAAGACCAGAAUUUCAGUUUUGGUCAAGUUUAGUUUAAGGAAGUGGGCAGCCAUCCAGUUAGAAAUAGCAGAGAGGCAGUCAGAGACACUAGUCAAGAGGGACGGGGAAAGAUCAGGAGAGGACAGGUAGAUUUGCGUGUCAUCUGCAUAACAAUGAUAUUGGAAGCCAAAGGAGCUAAUGAGUUUACCAAGGGAGGCAGUAUAGAUGGAGAACAGUAGGGGACCAAGGACUGAACCUUGGGGGACCCCAACAGAGAGGAGUUGGGGAGAAGAAGCAGAGCCAGGGAAAGAAACACUGAAAGAGCGCUGGGAGAGGUAGGAGGAGCACCAGGAGAGAGCAAUAUCUUGUAGACUGAUAUUGCGGAGGAUGAGAAGAAGCUGUUGAUCAACAGUGUCAAAAGCCGCAGACAGGUCAAGGAGAAUUAGGAUAGAGUAGGGACCACGAGAUUUUGCAGCGAGUAGAUCAUUGGAUACUUUGGUCAGUGCCGUUUCUACAGAGUGCUUAGCGCGGAAACCAGACUGAAGCGGGUCUAGCAGAGAGUUGGACUCGAGGAAGUCUGUCAAUCUCGCAUACACAAUUUUUUCAAGGAUCUUGGGUGCAAAAGGCAGUAGCGAGAUAGGACGAUAGUUGGAUGGGGAGUUAGGCUUAAGAUAUGGCUUCUUUAGAAUUGGGGUUACAGUUGCAUGUUUGAAUGGCAAUGGAAAUAUACCAGAGGAGAGAGAGAGAUUGAGAAUUUUAGUGAGAGGUGGAGAAAGAGAAAAAGACAGAGUACGGAUGAGAUGCGAGGGAAUUGGAUCUAGGGAGCAGGUGGUGGGGCGGGAGGACUGGAGCAGAGCAGAAACCUCUUCCAAUGUAGCGGGUGCGAAUGAACAUAGAACAGCAGAGGGAGUGAAGUUAGGGGAAGUAUUGUAAGGGGAAGAAGAAAGAUGAGAGAUAUCUUCUCUGAUCGUAGAGAUCUUGUCAGUGAAGUGAGUUGCAAAGUCUGAGGCGGUCUAGUUAGUAGGUGGAGGAGGAACAACAGGGCGAAGAAGAGAGUUAAGUGUGUGAAAUAGUCGUUUGGGUUCGCGGGAGAGUGUGGUUAUGAGGGUAUUUAAGUAAUUAACUUUUGCAGAGGAAAGAGCCAAGCUGUAUGAGCUCAGCAUAAAUUUAUAAUGGAGAAAGUCUAUGAUAUAGCGCCCCUCUAUGUCCGUGUCAGUCUUCAUCAAGAUCGCUACCCCGUUGCGCUUAUGGUGGGCCCUGGCCUCAUGAGAGACUGCAUAGGUAUGGUCUCUAAGUGUGAAGCGUACCUGUUUAGGCAAGUGUGUCUCCUGGACAAACGCUAUAUCAGCUCCUGCCCAUUUCAAUUUGUGAAAGAGAAGGCGCCUCUUGGUCGGGGCGUUAAGACCCCUCAUGUUCAGAGAGGUAAUGUUCAUGGUCAAGGUACCGAACCAGACACAGAGCUAUUGAGAGCAUCCCCCCUCGGCCGAGCAGGGUCAGCGACCCCCGCCAAUCCACCUUCAUGCAUUUUUAUGGUGAUUUCUUGUUUUGUAUUUUUCUUUAAAAAUAUUAAUUACAUUUUUAAAAAGGUUUGCGUGCCUCCGUUUAAAUGGCUGCUGUAUACCCUAUACCUGCCGCUGUACCCUAUCCUUCCCCGGUUUUGUUUGCCUCCGUUUAAAUGGUUGCUGUAUACCCUAUACCUGCCGCUGUACCCUAUUCCUCCCCGGGUUUGUUUGCCUCCGUUUAAAUGGUUGCUGUAUACCCUAUACCUACAGCUGUUCCCCAGCCCUCCCCUCCGCACGCACCUACACCACCCUACUUCGCCCUUCCCUACUUCCCAUGCCAUAUCUCUUAAAAGGGGUCCAGCUUCCCCCGUAUCUGUUCACCCAGUCUGGCGUCUGGCCUGCCCUCUGGUGAAGGUGUCUGGGCUAGCCUUGCCGUGGGACCUCUGAGGUGACGGCACCCGACCCCCUACAAAGGUGAAUGCCCCCCGUCUAGAAGCCCCAGCUCAGCCCCUCGGGUUACAUGGAGACAAACUUCCUGUCCCGUGCUCAGCCACCUCCUACUGCGUGUCGUUGGUAAUGCUUUUCAUGUGUGAAGGCGGGACUGCUGUUUGGAGUGCCUACGAGGUAUACAUAUACAUUUACAGACAAGUUGCAUAAUAUGCAAUAGUAUGGCAUUACACAUAACAAGGAGUGACGGUUACAGCGGUCCCCUCCCCAAGGUCUGUCCCGGUUUCUGGACAUGCUGGUUAGUCCCUCUGUCCCCAUCACCCACUCCAAUGGGGCUGCCAACCGCGACUGCAUAUGCCGUGGGCCAAUAAUGUCCUCCGAUGCAGUCCCAGAUAGAGUGGUCCAGCCCGGGAUUCCCAGACCCCCCAAGGGGUCCCGAGUCACAGCUUCAAAACCCCACAGCAUGUCCCUACAUAAUAUGCGGGCCAUAGAGCCCUGCAGGGCCCCACCAGCGGAAAAAAGGCUCCCAAGGCCUCCCAGCCCAUCCCACCCCACUUAGUGUCUUACCCUCCCAGCCACUCAGACGCUAUACUGCUGCAUCUAACGCUACAUCCCCCCCUUCAAGGAUCUCCCUCCCCACUAGACCAUGAAACCCCCUUCUCCACUUAACGCCCAGAGUGCGGUCGGUGCAGGGACAAUGCUUUUGAGUAUAUACGACACCCUCCUCAGGCCUCAGUGGCCUCUGGUUCCGGCAGCCUGCCACUCAGUUGGCAGGAGUUGCAGCUCCUCCGCCGGCACAGGAACAGCUGGAAGGUUUAAUGGGGGCACCAGGCCCAAAUCUCAGAAGAAUCGCUUUGGGUCUCCUCCAGGUGUCAGCACAUGCACCCUGCCGUCUCUGAAUGCCAUUAGUCGGAAAGGGAAGCCCCAUGCGUAGCGGACUCCAGCCCAGCGCAAAGCUUCAGUGAUUGGCUUCCAGUCUCUUCUGCGUUGGAGCGUGCUAGGUGCUAAGGCCUGGUAUAAUGCGAUGUUAGCUCCUCCAUGUGUGAUAGGGCCCUCUCUGCCUUUUCUGGAGUAUUGCUUCUUUAGUCGGGAAGUGCAAAAAUUUGACGAUAACAUCCCUUGGUGAGUUCGCCUCGGGACGCCGUGCCCGGAGGGCCCUAUGUGCCCUUUCAAUCUGCCACAAAUUGUCAGGAAUGUUAGGAGCGGUUUAAAGAUGGUGAGUAUGAGGUCAGCAAGGGGUCCCUCUCCCUCCUUCUCCGGCAGGCUCCUAAUCCAGAGGUUGUUGCACCGAGACCGGUUCGCGACAUCCUCCAACGCCAGGUCAGCUUCCAGUAAGCGCGAGGUGAGUGUGUUGACCUGGGCCACUACCUCAUUAUGCAUUCUUGUGGCCUCCUCCAUGCGCUCCUCCAGGCGCCCGGUUCUCGCGCCCAGUGCGUGGAUAUUGUUCCGCAGGAUGGCCGUGGACUUCACAAUCUCUCCUUCCAGGUAUGAUCUCACUUCAGUGAGCUUCGCCAAUAUUUGUGUGGUGUCACACCGGGGUGGCUCCGAGACCAUAACGCUGCGCGGCGAGGGCAUGGAAGAAAUGUGGCCUACCUCGGCGCCGUCUUGGUCCGGUGCUGGUCUCGGUAUAUUGGCGGUAAGCAUGUCCAUGACCGAAGCUCCAGCCUCUUCCCCCUUCUUAGAGUUCUGUUUCUCCAUUAGUCAGUCGGUGUCAGGCUGAUUAUAUAGCUAAAGUAGGCUUAAUACAGCGUUAUCGGAGCAGAGCCUCACACAAACUCGUCCAGCUCAUUCCGAGGUCAGGCCACGCCCCUCUAAAGAUAAGGUUUUAAGAAGGAAGUGACUUUAGUGUCUGGCUGAUAUCCACUAGAGGUGUGUUUCUGAACAAAUCUAAAUAUAGCAUUUCUCAGAAACAUUUUACAUUGUCCUAAAAUAUGGACAGCAUCUAUGCUCCAAGACUGCCAUCUGUUUGUGCUUAGAGAGUGUCCCUUUAAUAGAUCUCAAAAUUAAAAAUACAUUAUUAAAGAAACCUAAAAAUCUCUCACUCUGGUGUUUUGGCAGUUAUUUUCCAUAUUGAAUUAUACUAACUUAAACUUAUUUUUUUUAUUGUGUUUGAAAGCAAGUGCUUUUUAAAAAAUUUCGCCUUAAUAUGCUUUUGAUAUUUAUAUACCGAUAGGUGGAAAUGUUCACAUUGGAUCAAUAAGUAUUUUGAAUCCUGUACGCAACAGCUGCUAUGUAUUAUGUAAAGUAAGGUACAAAGUGGUAUGGGACCAUAGUUGUACUUAUGUCAAGUUAGCUAGCGAUUUAUUUGUAUCUCCAUGCACCAUUUAAAAAUAACUCUUUAGAUGAGGUUCCAGUGUACCCUGUUGGGGGAAAAAUGUAUGUGACUUAAUUUCCUAUACUUCAAUGGCCUCUUCUUGUCAGAUACAGAUUAUAUGUGUAAUACAAAGUACACUAGCCAAUUACAACAUUUUUAAAAAACACUUCAAAUACCACCCUCUGGUAUCCAACAGGCCACUAAAUUUUAACUAUUAUUCUCUUGGACCAAACCAGUCCCUAAACGCUUAUCCACUUGCUACAAAAUGCCGAAACCCAUGGUACACCCAAAACCCCCCUUAUACACACGCCAAUGGAAUGACUCAUUUACUACCCCAAAUGUCAGAGGAUGACUGGUAUAAAACGUUCUACAGAAUCACCCACUCUCACGUUAGUGUGCAACUCCUUGAAGCUAACUAUAAACUUCUAACUAGGUGGUAUAUAACCCCAGUUGAUGUCCACAAAUACGCCCUGAACACUCCAGAAACCUGCUGGAGAUGCAAGGAUGCAAAUAGCACUCUCCACCACAUAUGGUGGACAUGUGCAGACAUAACGCCAUUUUGUAAAGAGGUGCACGACCUCGUCCGAGAUGCUUUAGGUAUCCACUUAGAUAUGGAUGUUCCCUCCUUUCUCCUCCAUAGAGUGAACAUUACAGACAACAAAUAUAAAUGUUCAAUGCUUUAUUUUAUUCCUUUAGCUGCUUAACUGGUGGUCCCUAACCUGUGGCGAUCCACUUGUCCACCCAGUAUGCAGGCAUUGAUUCUUAGGGUAUAACACUUCUGAAUAUUGGAGGAGAUUCGAUGGGCGACAUUAGGCAAAUACUCCCGAUACAGAGACAUUUGGCAGCCGUGGAAAACUUUUCUGGCCAAAAACACACAAUAGAUCCCAUGAUUUCUUAUGGCCUGUCACUCUAAUUGCAGGACCUGCUAAAACCCGCUACAAUCACCACGCCUGCAUACCUAAUAUUGUAUAUACAUGGACUUGCCCCAUAUAGUCAUCUGAGCCAUGUCCGCCUCCCCCCAGGUGUUACUUGUACCUGUACUUACCUCAUAACUUCCUGGUAAUCUGUGUAUUGGUAUAUUGGACAGCUCUCACACUAAUUUGAACGGAGAGAUCUUUCUUUCUCCCUACCCGACAACAUAUUUUAUAUAUAUCAAGCACUUGGCACUUUGUUUCACCUGUUAUUAUUUGUAGUUGUAUUUUGUUCUAAACGCUAAGCUGACACUAUGCAUGCAGGGGACACCUAAAAACCAAAGCUCCUUCCCGGUUCAUUCCGCUGCAGAAUUUGAAAUUAGGACACCCCACAUACCUGGAAUAUCCGGUGAUUAUACCGCUUGUGUCUUUUUAAAACAUUUUUUUUUUUUUUUUUUUUUUUAUUAACUACUGCAAUGAACACAGUUUGAAUCAAUGCAACAUGUAUUAACUGUUACCACUUAUCCUGUAUGUAUGUUCAGAAUCUUUUACUUACCUGACGGAAUGCAACCACCUCAUGUUCUCUGAUGUAAAUGUAAUUGUAUAGGUUUCCUUACCUUGUGUGAAAUCAAUAAAACGAUAAUUAAUUUAGAAAAAAAUAUACUAGCCAAGUCUAUGGUACAGUGUGAUCUGAUGCUGUGUUGUACACAAAACCUUAAAGGGAAACUGUCACUAUGCUGGAAUUUACAUAAUUGAAUAAAAUAUUGAAAAUCACCUAUAUAACAUGUUAUUUUUUCUGUAAAAUACUCUUUUUUUCCCAAAUUUAAACUUUUAGUAAAUUACAGUUUAGACAAGGCAAAGUCAGGGCAACCGUUGCACAAGUAAUAACAACACGGCUUCAUUUCUUCUUUUCCAAAAAUUAAUUCUCUAUGCUGACUGCCAGGUGCCAACGAUACAGUUUGUAACAUUGGACGCUCCCACUUGCAGAAUAAAAAGGUGUUUAUUUCCACGUUUCAAUUUAUUUUUCACAACUCAAAAAUACAGGUACGUAUUUGUUAAAUAUAGGGGAUAAGUUAACAUAAUGUUUAAAAUCCUAAGAUGUGAAUGCUCCCAUUUAAUUUUUAACAUGCCACCUAUCAUUUAAUAAUAUACCGAUCUCUAAGUUAUGAUCUAGUUCAAAAGAACUUUUGCUCUUGGAAAAAUUGCAUACUUAUUUUAUAUUUGUAUGUGAUUGCAAUAUAUAUAUAUAUAUCUAUAAAUGAGAUACUACACCCUGUUCAAAAUUAUUAUGCAAAUUCUAUUUAAGUGUCACAAAGAUUAAAGAUUUUGUUUUUCAGUUUAACUCAUGGAUGGCAUUGUGUCUCAGGGCUCUUUUGAUCACUGAAAACAAUCUGGGAUACCUGUGAUAAUUAGAUUGCCAGGUGAGCCCAAUUUAAGGAAAAACUACUAAAGGAGGGUGUUCCACAUUAUUAAGCAGAGCACCAUUUUCAUGCAAUAUGGGUAAGAAAAAAGGAUCUCUCUGCUGCGAAAAGAGUGAAAUAGUUCAAUGCCUUGGACGAGGUAUGAAAACAUUAGAUAUUUCACGAAAACUUAAGCGUGAUCAUCGCACUAUUAAGAGAUUUGUGGCGGAUUCAGAGCACAGACUGGUUCGUGCAGAUAAAGGCACAUUGAGGAAGAUUUCUUCCAAAUCCAUGCAUCGGAUCAAGAGAGCAGCUGCUAAAACACCAUUACAUAACAGCAAACAGAUAUUUGAAGCUGCUGAUGCAUCUGGAGUCCCACGGACAUCAAGGUGUAGAGUCCUCCAGAGUCUUGCAACUGUGCAUAAACCUUCUAUUCGGCCCCACUAACCAAUGCUCACAAGCAGAAAUGGCUGCAUUGGGCAGAAAAAUACAUGAAAACUAAUUUUCAAACAGUCCUGUUCACUGAUGAGUGCCAUGCAACCUUGGAUGGUCCAGAUGGAUGGAGUAGUGGAUGGUUGGUGGCGGCCACCCUGUUCCAACAAGGCUACGACAUCAGCAAGGCAGUGGUGGAGUCAUGUUUUGGACCGGAAUCAUGGGAAGAGAGCUGAUCGGCCCCUUUAGGGUCCCCGAAGGUGUAAAGAUGACCUCUGCAAAGUAUGUGGAGUUUCUGACUGACUACUUUCUUCCCUGGUAUAGAAGGAAGAACUAUGCUUUCCGUAAUAAAAUCAUCUUCAUGCAUGACAAUGCACCACCUCAUGCUGCAAAGAAUACCUCUGCAUCAAUGGCUGCUAUGGGGAUAAAAGGAGAGAAAAUCAUGGUGUGGCCUCCAUCCUCCCCUGACCUCAAUCCUAUUGAGAAGCUUUGGAGCACCCUCAAGCAAAAGAUCUAUGAGGGUGGGAGGCAGUUUACAUCCAAACAGCAGCUCUGGGAGGCUAUUCUGACAUCUUGCAAACAAAUUCAAGCAGAAUUCGCAAGACUUGUGAAGCUGCUAUCAAAUAAGGGGUUGUAUGUUAAAAUGUAACGUGACCUGUUAAAAUGUUAAAAAAGUUAAAAUGUUGUUAUAAGUUUGAUUGCAAUAGCUUUUGAUUUCAGUAAAUAUGCUGCAAACACAACAAAUGACAAUUUUCAGUUCUUUACAACCUAUAAAGUGUUUUGAAACUUACUGUGCGUAAUAAUUUGGAACAGUGCAUUGUAAGUUUUUAUGUUUAAAAAAAUACUGUUAUCAUUAGGAGGUUUGUUCAAUAAAAUUUGAAUUGUACUCUUAAUAGUUGAUAACAUGAGAAUUAUGCUCACUGUUAUUUACAUCAAUUAUUUAGGUAAUUGAGAAAAAAAAACUAUUUGCAUAAUAAUUUGGAACAGAGUGUAGUUCACUCAAUGGUGAUUCAUCCACAAAGAAAAGCACCGUAUUUAUGGGCUCUUAAUGAGUUACGUAGCUUGGAAUCAUCAGAAACUAACACAAAUAUAUAUUUGUGUUAGUGAACACAAUAAAUUGAAGUAACCACUUCAAUUUUACAACACGACAGGAGGUUUCGUAUUUUGCAUCUCUCUCUUUAAUAACUCCAUACAGCAGUAGAGAAACACAGAAAAAAGAACCAAUCACAAGAGAGUAGGAUGUACAUAAUGCAAUGUGACCUCAUCAUUUCCUCUUUCUUUACUGCUCCACCAAGCAGACAGGUCAGAGUAUUACUCUUUUCCUUACUUUAAUGUUUAUAUUGCCUCUUUUGAGGUUGUUUCUGUAUUAUAUUUUUUUGAUAUACGUUGCUGUUUGUUCUUGCUGUGCUUUUGUACUAUGUGCAGCUGUGUUAUUUAUUGUGUUUCUACCUUAUUCUUGGUUUCUGCCCUCUCCCCUCCUUGCUCUCACGUCUCUGGGGUUUGAGGGGCUUUUGGCUCUUACUGGGGUUGCAUGUUAAUGUUGAAUUAGGUCAUUUAUAUAAGCUGUUUAAAGGGAUUUCACCCAUAAACUUGUAUUAACUAUUAGAGCAUGGAUUAGUGCUCUCUGUCAGGACUGUGGUCUACACUCAAGGGGUAAACCCACUACUGUAUUUUUACUGCACUGUGAUACUGUAUGAACACAUGCUGCUACAGCCUCUGUGAACUGCUAAACAGGAUUUCCAGGACAUACGGCAUAAAGGACAGAGUAUUACUCUUCUCCAAUAAUUUAUAUUCAUACUCUGUUUGUGACUGUAUUUAAUAGAUAUUAUAUAUAUAUAUAUAUAUAUAUAUAUAAAUAUAUAUAUAUAUAUAUAUAUAUAUUUCAUGUUAUACUUACUUCAUACCCGUUACGCGAUUUAUAUCACAUGUAUUUUAUAGAUAUUAUAUUUAAAUUCUUUAUUUUUUGUGUGCAUAUAGAAAAAGCGGGUCGCAAGAGUAUUCUGAGAACGGACAGCAGCUAAAAUAGCCUGCCCUUCGGUGGGUCCCUGCUCAGAACUCAAGCUGGUUUUAGCUCAUCUUGUGCCAUUACAGAGAGAACAUAUCUGAAGCAUAUCAGACUGGUCCCACCCAUACGGGCAGUCCAGAUCCGAAAUGCCAGCAAGUUCUCUCUGCACGAGAGAUACAGCAACCCCAGACGAUCGUUUCAGCCUUGUUAGGCAUCGUCAGUGAGGCAUAGCUGAUAUGUCUCUAGGCACCGUGAGCAAGGGUCCACGUCUGGAUUACCCUUUAAACUAAUGGAGAGCAAAAAAUGGGCCGCAAGAGUAUUCUUAGAACGGACAGCAGCUAAAAUAGCCUGCCCUUCGGAGGUUAUGGGCGGUCAUCUUGCUACUCGCGCACGCCUGGGCUGCCAGCUGAACUUUAGCCGCUCGCAUGGCUCAGGCUGCUUUGACACGGUUGUUGGAUCACAGGGUUCCUGGUUCCAAUCCAGGUACGGGUAAGUAUUCUAAACUGUCCUAUAUUUAUGGGUUUAUGUUGUACCCUUGUGGUUUGAAGGUACUGGACCCUCAAAGGGAUACCACCCUUGAACUCCUUCAAGAGAUGCCACCCUGGAACUCCUUCAAGGAAUGCCACCGGAAGGGCGGCGCUGGUGAGGGAGCACUGAUUUGUGAGCUCUCUGCUCAGCUCCCUCCCGCGCCGCAGAAUGAUGCCGGGAGUGUGUGUAUGUCUGUCAGUGUGUAUCCAAGUGAGUGAUUGUGUUUGUCUGGCUGUCAGUGUGUAUCUGAGUGAUUGUGUGUGUGGAUGUCUGUCAGUGAGUGAGAGUGUGUGUGUCUGUCAGUGAAUAUGUGUUUGUUUCUGAGUAAUUGUGUCUGUGAGGACGCUUGUGUGUGUCUGUGAGUGUCUGUCAGUGAAUGUGUGUGUGUGUCUGAGUGAUUGUGUAUGCCUGUCAGUGUGUGUGUCUGCAUGUCAGUGAUUGUGUGUAUGUCAGUGAUUGUUUGUGUCAAAUCAGUGUGUGUAUGUCAGUGUAUCUGAGAGUGUGUGUCAGUUAAAGUGUGUGUUAGUCGUUUAAAAGGAAGAGGUGUGACAUUGACAGGAAGGGGUGGGGCGGAUGUAAAUUAGGGGGUGCCCGCGUUCCGUCACACCUAGGGCUGCACAGAAAAUAAAUACAUCACUGGGCGGAGCCAUGCACAGAUCAAGCUCUUCAGACUGAAUACAGUGAUCCCAGAGUCCUGGAGCCACAGAAAACAACAGAUACUGGGCACAAGGUAGAGACAGUACUUUUACCAGGUCGAGUAGGCCCCUAUAUUAGAUCUGUAGGUGUUUACUCUGUGUAAUGGGAAAUCAGUCCCUUAGGCCAGUCACGUUGUCUACAGCGCUAUCAGCAGGACACCGUAUGAUAAGGGGCAUCAUACCCAGCCAAUCUAGCACGUACACAGCUCCAGUGCCAGAUAACUGCAUGAACGAGACCGGGGAUAGGAGAGCCCAGGACAUGUAGAGCAAAAAUGCUCAGGGAGGGUUUAUGGAGAUCAGCCAUGCUCAGGGAUGGAUUAUGGAGUAUCAAAGGGAGAAGAGAGAGUAUAGUGUGAUGAGUGGGAGCAGAGUCAACAAGAGAGGGGUGCAGGCUGCAUAGGAAGGGUAAUUUUUGUAUUAUUAUAUUAUUAAUUAUUUUUAAUAAUAAUAAAACACAAGGGAUCUGCAAUCUAUUUUGUCAUGCUUCGCCACAAAUAAACAUUGUCCAAUAUUGACUCAACAAUUUAGUGGCCUGAUAAGGACUGCAUUUCUAUAUACUCUGCCCUAAUUACAAACUUGAAACAAACAGAUCUACAUUACAGUGAGGUUGUCAAUUUUCAGCCAUUUCAGACAGUAGCCAAGUGUAUUCCCUUUUGUAUAUAGUUUGGACAUAGAUUUGUUGUGUUGGCCAAAAUUAGUGUGAAUUUUAAAAUCCAUCAGAUGCUUGUAGAUUGGAGUUUUAAAAUGUAUCUACAGAAGCAUUUGAACGUACAGAUGAUAAAUGCCAAGAUGUGAAUGAGGAGGUCAGAUCUAUUGUCCUGUCUAUAUGUUUUGCCCACAUCAGUAGAAACGAUCUGUAUGGCCUUUCUGUUGACAUAAUUAACUAACAUGGCAAUGGAAGUAUCCUUUUAGAAUUAAUAUUGCCUCUACCAACUGGAUACAACAACUUACUGGGAGUAAGUAUCCAAUAUUAGUGUUGGCCACAUGCCGGUUUUAGCUCAGGCACAGAGCUUCUGGAUGGCGGUCGUCGGUAGUGGAGUCAUAAUAAGUCAAAUGGUUUGACUACUUAUAAUAGAGGUCCCUGGGGUCUUCCUGACACCAUAGGUUCUACAGCUGCAGUAGUUAUUGUGCUUGAAAUGAUCAUUUAACUGCAGUCACUUGUAAUUUUUUGAUGUUUAUGUACCUCUGCUUCCAUGCUGUCCAAUCUCGAAGACCAAAGCUCCACGCCUUGAUCACCUAUAAUCCUGUGAGUUUCCAAUAAACAAUCAUUGUUAGAAGAUAGGGAUUCAUAGCGUAUGAAUUUGUUUUAUUUGUGCACGUAUAUAAUUUAGAUUUGCUAAAUUUGUGCCAGUGUAAAACAAUUAGGAAUUGGGUGCACAUGCUGUGUCAGGAACAAAAAGUGUGCCUUACAAAUUGUUUAAUUUAAAUGUUGAUUUUUAGUUUUUUGUUACAUAUAUACUUGAGUGCAGAUGCCCAUAACAUAGUAUAGAAGUAAAAUAGGAUAGUAUAUAUAUAUAUAUAUAUAUAUAUAUAUAUAUAUAUAUAUAUAUAUAUAAACCAGACAACUAAGGAAACAUGUUAAUAAUUGAAAAUUAUUGAAGAUUGGGCUCUAUGCCCAUUUUUGGUUUUUAAAUUUCUAUUUAUUUUCGGUCUUGCUACUUAGUGGGGGGCCGAGUAAUGGUGCAGUUUUUACUUAAGGGGUGUCCUCGAAGGAACGUUAGUUUUGUACUGAUAAGUUCAGUCUAGGUACAGGGACGUGGUAUUUUCCUUUCCGUUACCAACUAUCAUCUAUUGAUCUCUGUGAAUCACUCCUAUCAGGGAUCUCCCCUUCUAUAUAAUUUUUUUUCAUAUUAUACACUUUUUUGGCACUCUUUUACUCCUAUUUUGGUGGAGUUAAGCGAUUUGUAUAUACACAUUCUGCCUAAUUGAGGCAGCUCAACUAUCUGACUGGACUCUUUCUGCAGCAGAGUCUAGUUAUUGGGAAUAGUUAUCGCCUCUCCCCCUACCUGUAUUGUAUAUAUUGUACAAAUAGAUGCUGUUCAUCACAAAGUUUUAUUUUUCGAUACAUUGUCUCUUUCAGGUAGUCAUACUGAUUAAGAAUGCUUAGUGUUGCUCUAGCAAGACUAUAAUUUUAUUAAGACACGGAGGCGAGUAUUAUGCUGCACUCUUUCUUUAUUUACCUGAGCAGCAAAGAAAAAUAACAUUAAAUCAGUAUAAAAGAAACAAGUAAAUAACAUGAGUUAUAUCUUCCUAGCAACAGGAAAAGCCAAUCAGCAUCCUCUUUAUAGCAUAAUAGGCAGUGUCCAGUAUACUACUUCCUCUUUCUUUGCUGCUCCCUCAGUUAAGUGACACUGGGUCCCACGGUUCUUAACUGUGGGAUCUUUUACUUUACUUUAUUCAUAUCAUUACUGUGCUUAAUAUAGUUAUUAUAGUUAUUACAUUUUAAUUAUAAUAUUUUCAUGUUUAUAAAUAUAUUUAGUUACUUCAUUUUAACGUAAUUUGAUUUAUUUACUUCAUUUGCUUCAGUAAUAUGCUUUAUUAUAUAUCCUUUGAUAAUGUAUUUCCCCUCUGACCUCCCUGGCCCCAAGAUUACCAUCAAUUGGGGCUCAGGGACGUCUUUGAGGAUCUUUAUCCCCUGAAUAGUGGCAUUGUGCUGUUUUUUCCCUUCAUUUAUCUGUCUGGCUGCUGCUCUGCCACGAACUGCCUGAAAUCCAAGAUGGGGUGUAGUGGUAGUGGCAGCCGGGCAGCUCCUUUGUUUUUAUAUUACAAUUGCUAUUUUUUCACUAUUGUGAGUAAUUUCAUUUCUUUAUCCUGUUUAGUUAUUUAUUUAUUUUUUACUUGAGGGUUACUCAACCCUUUACUUUUGGUAUUAUUUUGCUUUAUUCAUCCCCUUAGGUUUGUUUGUAUAUUUAUGAUGCAGUCUGACAGGAUCUUUCUGUGCCUUCUGGGUCUACAGCAAACAUGCAGAUUAAUGUAGAAGCCUCUCCAGGUAUCUCUGGAGAUGAGGCUGAAUUUCUGCUUUACUGAUCCUGCUGACAUGCAGGCUUUAAUUGACACUUCCAUGGCAAAAGCAAUGACAAGGCCCUGGUGUCAGGCCGCAAGGCCUCAUAUAAGGCUAAACACUCCUCCAAAACAAUAGAGAUGGACAGUUCCAUACCUGUCAUGGAUGGUGCGAUUAAUUUACCACCGCGCAAAAGAGCUACUAGUCGGGCAAAAUCGACUAGACUUUGGAAGAGGGCAAAAGCCCAAUUAAACUCUGAAUCCAAGUUCAGUGAUAUUGAGGAGAAGUUCCCCGAGUUCUAUAUGGAGGUGUACCUGUACUCACACCUGCGCUGCUUCAGCCUGGCCACAAGGCCUCAUAUAAGGCUAAACACUCCUCCAAAACAAUAGAGAUGGACAGUACCAAACCUGUCACGGAUGGCGCGAUUUACCACCGCGCAAAAGAGCUACUAGUCGGGCAAAAUCGACUAGACUUUGAAAAGGGGCAAAAGCCCAAUUGAACUCUAAAUCUGAGCUCAAGGAUAUUGAGGAGGAGUUUCCCUGAGUACUAUAUGGAGGUGUAUCUGUACUCACACCUGCUCUGCUUCAGCCUGGCCGCAAGGCCUCAUAUAAGGCUAAACACUCCUCCAAAACAAUAGAGAUGGACAGUUCCAUACCUGUCACGGAUGGCGCGAUUAAUUUACCACCGCGCAAAAGAGCUACUAGUCGGGCAAAAUCGACUAGACUGGAAAAGGGCAAAAGCCCAACUGAACUCUGAAUCUGAGCUCAGUGAUAUUGAGGAGGAGUUCCCUGAGUCCUAUAUGAAGGAUUCAGAGGAUAUUUCUGAUCCUGAUUAUGAAAUUACUGAUGAAGAGGAUGCUAAUCCCGUUUGGGAUACACGUCCUGUUAAACCUACCAAGAUUUAGGUAGAUUAUGCGGACUCAGGGACACCGAUAGGAUCUUGGACACUCAAUGUGAACCCCUAUUCAAACCUGACGACCUAUGUCACCCAGUGGUCUCCUCAGACCAUGUAGCCAAGUAUAUUGCAUCCAGAGUACGCAAGCCUUUUGAGAAGGCAAAGUGAAAUAAAUUGCGGGGUGAAUGGCCACGCCGAACAGUCCCUGAUGACUCAUGUUAAACGCCAUCAGUCAAUCCUAAAAUCAUUCAAUUCCUGAGUAAGACAGGAUGGAAGCCAUCUAAAGGCUUAGAUUUUCAUUGCAAAACUGUCAGGAUAAAAUCCUGGGCAUCUUGGGCUCAGCAGCCAAGAUCUUUGAAGCAGUGGAGGAUGAUCUAGAAUUAGAUUGCGCCAUCUUAAGUGGUUAGAUCCAGAGAGUGAUUUAAGUUGGCAACGCCAACAAUGCGGUUGUCACAGAACGCCACAAAUCGAUCUUGCUCAAGAUUGAGCCCAAACGUUUAUCUAUGGCUCUUAACGAGCCAGAUAACACAGGCAAAAGGUUUUCUCUUUGGGGACAACUUUGUAAAAGAAUUGGGCUCCUUUGUCCUGCUAAACAAACAGAAGUUCUUUUAUACAGAACCAAGGCUCUUAUACUUGCUGAGCCGAUUUCUUUGAACAAUGCACUAUACCAACCUCCUUCUCACAAAGUGGCCGACCCUGGAUUGUUAGUGGCCUAAGAGGUGCUCCUAAGACGUCUUCACAAUAUCCAUUCUUUCUUACUGAUAGUGGGGGGCAGGCUCACACAUUUUUCCCAUGUAUGAUCCCUCAUUUCAUCAGAUGCUUACGUUCUUCACACUGUGAAAGGGUAUUGCAUAGACUUCCUUUCUCUACCUGUUCAAUGUUCCCCAUCAAGGGAAAUUGUUUUUUCCCAAUGAGACACAGACCUUGUCUCUGUGGACAAUCAAUUGUAGAGAUUCUGGCGCAUACCCUGGGUUACGUGAGCAACCUUUUCUUGUUUCCCAAAAAAGGCAAAGGUAUCCGUACAGUGAUAAAUUUGAGAUUGCUCAAUAGUUAUGAGCAUAUCAGCACUUCCAAGAUGGAAGGAGAGCAUUGUUUAAGGGAUCUUCUCCAACCAGCAGAUUGGAUGGCCAAAUUGGAUCUGCAGGAUGUAUAUCUCACAGUGCUUAUCCCAGUACAACAUCAAAAUCGAGAACUUCCUGCAAUUUAAAUGGUAGGGCAGUAAAUAGAGGUUCAGGUGCCUCCCAUUCGGACUGUCUUCGGCUCCAUGGUGCUUCACCAAGCUCACAUCUUAUAAUAUAUUUAGAUGGCAUUUUCAUUCUGGCUCAGUCUAUUCAAUUAAUCCGGACAUACCUUGCAUUGACUUUGACUCUGUUAGAGAACCUAGGCUUCCUGACCAAUUGGGAGAAAUCCAUUAUCGUUCCCACGCAACAAAUACAAUUUCUGGAUUAUAUUGGAUUAUUGUAGAUUCUACCCUUCAAACUCUACACCCUCCGGUGGCAAAAUUAGCCAAUAUAAAGAAGGAGAUAGGCGAACACUAGCAACCUCUCAACUCUCUCUCAAACAACUGUUGAGAAUGUUAGGCCUUCUAGCGGCAUCUAUACAGGCCAUUUCUAUCAUUGUUAGAAGAUAGGGAUUCAUAGCGUAUGAAUUUGUUUUAUUUGUGCACGUAUAUAAUUUAGAUUUGCUAAAUUUGUGCCAGUGUAAAACAAUUAGGAAUUGGGUGCACAUGCUGUGUCAGGAAUAAAAAGUGUGCCUUACAAAUUGUUUAAUUUAAAUGUUGAUUUUUAGUUUUUUGUUACAUAUAUACUUGAGUGCAGAUGCCCAUAACAUAGUAUAGAAGUAAAAUAGGAUAGUAUAUAUAUAUAUAUAAACCAGACAACUAAGGAAACAUGUUAAUAAUUGAAAAUUAUUGAAGAUUGGGCUCUAUGCCCGUUUUUGGUUUUUAAAUUUCUAUUUAUUUUCGGUCUUGCUACUUAGUGGGGGGCCGAGUAAUGGUGCAGUUUUUACUUAAGGGGUGUCCUCGAAGGAACGUUAGUUUUGUACUGAUAAGUUCAGUCUAGGUACAGGGACGUGAUAUUUUCCUUUCUGUUACCAACUAUCAUCUAUUGAUCUCUGUGAAUCACUCCUAUCAGGGAUCUCCCCUUCUAUCGAGCCCUACAACGAUUACAAACUUAAUCUCAAGGGCAGCGCAUCAUACACAGAUAUGGUAACUCUGGACUCAGAAGCGGAGGAUGAACUCCAAUGGUGGCUUCUUCACAUGGAAGCUUGGAAUAAGCACACCAUAUUUUGUACAGCUCCAGAUUUGAUAAUCAAAUCCGACGCAAGUUUGCACGGUUGGGGUGCUCAAUGCGGAACUAUUUCCACCAAGGGCAGAUAAUCAAACCUGGAAUCAACACUCCACAUCAAUUGUUUGGAACAUCUGGCCGGUUCCUUUGCAGUCCAUAGUUUCUCCCCAACUCAAGCCCAAUGCGCUAUCCUUUUGAAGAUGGACAACGUGUCAGCAGUCCGCUACAUCAAUCACUUGGAGGCACAAAAUACAAAAUUCUGACCUACAUGCCUCGUGAUUGCUGGCAAUUUUGCCUGAGACACGGCAUUUCAGUCACGGCAGAAUAUAUUCAAGGUCUCUCCAACACUACGACGGACUGGUAUUCACGCCAACUCAGAUUCCAGCGACUGGCACUUGGAUUCCAUGGUCUUCCAAGACAUCUGGAACCUAUAGGGUCUAUUGGAAAUAGAUCUUUUCGCUUCUCGUUUGAAUGCUCAACUUCCCCGUUUUUUUAGUUGGAGACCAGAUCCGAUAGCACUGGCUAUGAAUGUUUUCUCCAAGGAAUUAUGAUUUUUUGCCUUUCCAUCUACAUCGCCAGUCCGGCACCUGUUGAUCGUGGCUCCUCUAUCGCCGUCCCAACCAUAGUUCUCUUCUCUUCAGGAGAUGGUUAUCGACCUUCCAUCUAUCGAGUGCCUUCUUCAGGAUCCAGAUGGUGUACCUCAUCCUCUUGUUCUCCAAGGUCUCUUGCAUCUCAUAGUGUAGUCUAUUUCAGGGAACCUUGGUCGGUCAAGGGAGUUUCGCAAUCAACUCCCCAACUUAUCAAGGGUGCACCCAACACGAGACAGGCUUAUAAAUCUGCUUGGAGCAGAUGGCAUAGUUGGUGCAUGAAAUUAAAUUUAAAUCCCAUAUCGGCUCCUUUUAUGUCUGUCCUCCAUUUUUCUGACUUCUAUGAUGAAGGUAAAGCCUAUCGCACUGUGGACCUUACUGAUCGUCCAUUUCUGCUGGCCAUCAAAGUUUUGAUUGGACGCCUGUCGGUUGACAUCCUGUCAUAUAUUGACUUCUCUGAGGAAUAUGGUUUGCUCAUUCACCCUUACCACGAUACUCUGUCUCUAUUGUCUUGAAUUUUUUUCUUGCAAGAGGUUUUUCUGAGGUACGAGCUCGUGAGGUGGUUGCUCGUUCCUUUACUCCAGAAGGUGUCCUCUGACAUUUCACGGAGGACAAAAACCUCCUCUAAAAUCGCUUACCCAGUUUUCCCUGAUAGAUCUCUCCUUUGCCCUGUUGCAUACUAAUGGGUGUGUGAACAUCGUACUACUACGUUACAGAAUCCUUUGAAACAGGAACUCUUCAUCUCCUUCCAAAAGUCGCGUCUUCUGGUGUCUACUCUAGCCUGGUGGGUCAAAUACAUUAAUGUCUCUAGCAGGUAUUGAUACCUAUGUGUCUGUGCCUCAUUCGGUUUGUAGGGCAAUGGCUUCUAAGGCUUCCUCGAUUGGUUGUCGCUUGGAGGAUAUUAUGAGAGUGGCUGGUCUUCGGAGUCUACAUUCCAUGAUUUCUACUUUAGACCUAUUCAACACUUCACAGGAGACAUAAUUUCACAGCUUUGAACUAGCAUAAUAGGAGCCUCCGUGUCUUAAUAAAAUUUACAGAUUUUACUAUUAACAUGACGUAAAGUCAUGAUUUUAUUAAUGACACGGAGGCGAGUAUUAUCCCUCCCUCCCAUCCCUGGAGGUUUGGUCUUCUCUGGGUAAGUUGACUUCACGGUAAGUCUUUUUUGAUUACUGGGUUUUAUCCUUGUUAAUGACUGUCAAGAGCUUAAGGUUUGACUAAACUGAUGUAUAUAUAUCUGAUAUUUCAUGUAAUACGAAUUUAUGCAUACAUCCAGUUUUAUACUUGGAUAUUACCAUAUUCUCCUUUCUCUUCCAGCUUGACUUCGAGAUCCAGUUUAAGGUUCGUAUACCCUCUAAUUGGAGCCCACUUUUUAUUUGGAUUUGUUGUCUUUGUUCGGGAUCGCAAGAAAGAGGAAGUAGUAUACUGGACACUGCCUAUUAUGCUAUAAAGAGGAUGCUGAUUGGCUGUUCCUGUUGCUAGGAAGAUAUACCUCAUGUUAUUUACUGGUUUCUUUUAUACUGAUUUAAUGUUAUUUUUCUUUGCUGCUGAGGUAAAUAAAGAAAGAGUGCAGCAUAAUACUCGCCUCCGUGUCUUAAUAAAAUCAUGACUUUACGUCAUGUUAAUAGUAAAAUCUGUAAAUUUUCAUUUAGGACCAAAUAUCUUGGUCUCUACUUUGUUACUUUAUCUUUAUUUAAAUCACUUUUAAUAGAUAAUUUUAAAAGCCAAGUUUUACUUUAUUUGUUUUGUUUGGUGACAACCUCAUCUGUGAUAACCACAUUACAAUCUUUACAACAUAUUUACUUAGAGACACCUAUUGUUAGUGUGUUUGUUUUUCCCUUUUUUUUAGUUUCUCAAUUUAACCAUUUAGGGGUUACCCCCAUUUUCACACUAUCAUUUUCUGUCUCAUCUCACUAUUUAGGCUCCUUUUUUUCUUUUUAUUAAUUGAACUGUGUGAAUAUUCGCAAGGCAUGGAGUCGCCUACGAGCCCUCUGAGCGUAUCGUCCUCUACAAGCAUGGAGGUUCCAGUCGGACCUCGGAUGAACGUGAGUGUUGACAAGGUUUCGGUUUCCUGGAUUUAUCUGAAUUAAACUGUCCAGGAUGAUAGGGUCUUGUCUCCGUCACCUGUAUUCGUCAUUGUUUUCGGUUGUUUAUCGAGGCCCUCCAGGCUCCGAGCCGAUGGAUCGGGAAAAGGAGCUGAUGUUUCGGAAGCGUCUCCAUGAACCUGGGUAAGGUCGCCGAGAGGGAAGGAAAGCGACCAUCAUGACGUGUCUUUAGGUCCAUGAACGCAAGUCAGUUGAUUAUGUGAAAGGUGUCCUCCUCAGGUUUGAGUGAGUGUCUUCCAUCUAGAUGCGGUGGGCUCCCCUGUGGAUGUAGUAGAACGUAAAAUGAUGGUACCCUAGUGGUGUUCCCCUGCGGCAAAACGCAAUGUAUCUAUGCGUCCCGUGUUCACAGUCCACUUAUCUAGUAAGUAAUGGGUGCCGGCAAGCAUCCAACGAACUGCCGGGUGCAGAGUUGGGCUGCAGUCUGAGAGGGCAAGGGCAGGAAGUCCGGCCGUCCCCGACUGGAGAGCGGCACGUCGUGGGGAGGCCGCGGACAUGCUAGGGACAAACAGGUAGUCGGGAAGGAAGGGGUCAGUGCCUGGGAACUGCGGGCGGGAAAGUGCCAAGCCCCAGCCAGGAUGCCCAAGAGACCCUGCGGAGAAAAAGCAAAGCAGGGGGAGGGGUCCCCCAAUAGUAUAAUACAGAUGGUAUAACAUACAUAUACCCUUAAAUCCACAUAAUAUCCUUACAUCUUUACAUAGAGAGAGAGCCAGAGAACCAAGAGCCAAGAGACCUCGUGUCUCUUUGUUCAGUUACUAUAUAGAAGUGCCCAUACUGACGUCAGAGCAUAACUCUAGCCAUAUAAGGACAAAACCCCCAACUUACAUUCCAGAGUUCUCAGACAAAGAAAGCCUCGUGACUUAGACCAUCCGUUACUUAUGUCAAUCCAGACAUCCAUAUAUAAUCAAUAGAAACAUAUAAUAUGCAAUAUUCUACAGAUAUGCAAAAUACGAAGCCUCCUGUCAUGUUGUAAAACUGAAGUAGUUACUUCAAUUUAUUGUGUUCACUAACACAAAUAUACAUUUGUGUUGGUUUCUGAUGAUUCCAAGCUACGUAACUCAUUAAGAGCCCAUAAAUUCUGUGCUUUUCUUUGUGGAUGAAUCACCAUUGAGUGAACUAGUAUCUCAUUUAUAGAUAUAUAUAUUGCAAUCACAUACAAAUAUAAAAUAAGUAUGCAAUUUUUCCAAAAGCAAAAGUUCUUUUGAACUAGAUCAUAACUUAGAGAUCGGUAUAUUAUUAAAUGAUAGGUGGCAUGGUAAAAAUUAAAUGGGAGCAUUCACAUCUCAGGAUUUUAAACAUUAUGUUAACUUAUUUCCUAUAUUUAACAAAUACAUAUUUUUGAGGUGUGAAAAAUAAAUUGAAACGUGGAAAUAAACAGCUGCCACAAGGUUAACAAUGUAUUUACCUGAGCAUUUGGGGGCGGCAUUUUUUGCCAUCCCCUGGAAAGUGCCGCCCAAGGCAAAUGUUUUGUUUGCCUCGCGGCAAAUACGUCCCUGGCUCCGCCCCCUCAGACUGUAGAGUGAUCAGUGCAUGUCUCCGCCCCUCAGUAUGAACACAAUUAUCUACGCUGGCCCCACCCCCUCAAUGAACAUAGUGAUCAGUGCAUUGCCCUGCCCCCUCAGACUAAACAAUUCAAUGCAUCUCUAUGAAAAGAUGCUGAUUGGCCAGGGUGGCGUUUGGUUCUGCCCCUGGCCCGUCUCCUAGGCGGAGAUAAUCAGAAUUGACAAUCUCAGCCAAUCCAAUGGUUUCCUAUGGGAUUAUCACUACUGAUCAGGUCAGCCAAGGAGGCAGAUCAGGGGCAGGGCCAGCACCAGUAGACUGGAAUAAAGUUAAUAUUUUACUAUAUUUAGUGAGGCGGGGGGGCGAGAUAGUGUUAACACGCUAUAGGGUCAGGAAUACAUGUUUGUGUUCCUGACCCUAUAGUGUUUCUUUAAUUUUGUUUAUUUUAGAAUUCAAUUUGUUAGAAUUCAGAGUUUAGUGAAUAACCCAUAUAUUACAAUAAAUCUGUAUACUUUAAAACUCUCCUGUAGUUCUGCAGAAUGUAUAAUGGUCACGGAUAUAUCUAGUCAAAGUUUAUGUACCUCCCCAUCAAUCACAAAUGCAGUAUCCUACAAUACAAAAACAGCCUAAAAAAAUCCAGAAUCUAAAACAGAGUAAAGACAGAACACCCCAGAUAAAGCAGCCAGUAAGUAUUGGCCGCUCUGCUGCUGCAAGAUCCCACAAGGCAGAAAUGUCUUUGGAUUCCAGACUGCAGUUCAGCAUUUAAAAGGCUCCGGUCACAUGACCCCUAAUAGCCAAUCCAUGUGUGUGGGAGGGUAGAAAAUCUUUGUUUCAGGAAGAUAUUGCUGAUACUUGUAUCGUGGUAAGUAUAGAAGGGAGUGUAUAGGGGAUAAUUUGGCACCAUAUAGAACAGUAUGGACUACAUCCAUACUUUAUGAUCAGUUACAGGCUACGCCUACAUGCCUCAAUUCUGAAGUAUGAGAUAAAUAGAACAUAAAAAACAGGGAUUUAUUCACUAAACAGUAAGUUGACAGUGAGUUGAAAUGAUUAUUACACAAUAGCAGAGUUAGAAAAAAUAAUUUUCUGCCUCUGCAAUGUUAACCUACAUUUUGAAACUCUGGUAUCAGCUCACGGUUUAGUAAAUAAACCCCUAGGGAAGCAAUGGAUAGAUAACCUUGGCAUUAAUGGUGCUUGCUUUUCUUGUGCCGUUUAAUCAAAUAGUAGUAAAGGGGGGGGCGGGAGGGGAAAUGUAAAAAAAUAGGCAACAGAAUAAAUAAAUCUCCAACUCAGAGCUACACUUGAAAGCCUUACUCCUAAAUAUUUAUAUAUAAAGGUAGCCGUUUAUUUUCCUACAUAAUAUUCAAGGUAUAUUAUGACUUAUGUUAAUGUUUUUGGUUGCUUCUUUUAUGCACACACGGCUCUAAGGUAGCAUGAACUGGAUUGCUGGAUUGUAUUACCAGCUGUACUAUUAAGACAUACUGGAUUGUAUGUUAAAGGGAUUCUAUAGUGCCAGGAAAACAAAGUAUAGAAUCCUACAGUGCCCCCUUCCCUCGCGCCCCCCCUCCUGCGGUGCUGAAGGGGUAAAAACCCCUUCAGUCACUUACUUGAACCCAGCGCCGAUUUCCCUUGGCGCUGGAUCAGGCUACGCCCACCCUCAUCCACGCUGACUUCAGCCGGCGGGGAGACCUAAUGUGCAUGCGCCGCAAUGGCCAUGCUCGCAUUAGGAUUUAUUCAAUGCUUUCCUAUGGGGAAAAAUCUGACGCUGGAGAUUCUCAUGCAGAGCGUGAAGACGUCUAGCGUCGGAAAACAGACCAAAGGUCUGUUUCAAACCAGAAAGCCCUCUAGUAGCUGUCUGGUAGACAGCCACUAGAGGUGGAGUUAACCCUGGAUGGUAAUUAUUGCAGUUUCUCAAUAACUGCAGUAAUUACUAUUGCAGGGUUAAGGGACAUGAUAUAUUGCACAUUGCAUCCAGACCACUUUAAUGAGCUGAAGUGGUCUGGGUGCCUACAUAAAUAAAAUAAAAAAAGCUAAUUUCCAACUCAGAUGUAGUCACAGCUUAGGUAUUUUAGCCCAAAUUUUCUAUUUGGCUUUCAGUUUAAUAUGAUAUGACCAGGAUACUAGAACUGAUACCAUAAGGUUUUUUUGUCUUCAUUAGUUCCAAAAAAAUCUACUCAGUUUAUGUUCAAGACACAGUGCAAUACAAUGGGGGAACUGGGUAAAGUUCUAAAAGAAGAGUGGUCACUAUUGAAACCAAUAGUAUUUUCCAAGGGCUUCACUUAAAAAAAAACAAAAAAAACAAACAAACAAAAAAAAACCCUUUCCCCCCAGAAUUAGUCUUUAUACUGCACAUUACAGUUCAGCAGCUGAUCAAUAACGUUUGUUUAUGGCCGGUACUACGCGUGAGUUAUCAAAAUCACAAUCCUUAUUUCUGAUGUUAUGGUUUUAAAACCAGGUCUAAACAGUAAUCUCAUUGAUAGUCUUGCAUUGAUGAGCUCCACAGGGUUGAAACAAAAACUAAAGUAGAGGGGGCCCUGGUGCAAUCAUUUUUGUGAAUUAGAUAAGAAGGAUACAAUACAGAUGUUUUAAGCAAUGCUCAUAUUGGGCACAAAAAAAAAUAAAAAGGCUAUCAAAAAUGUAUCGUUAUUUAUAAAUCUCCAACAUAGACUACAGUGCAGUAUAGUUGAAUAAGCCACAUGCAAUUAAUUGAAAUAAAAAAAGUUUGACUUUUGACAUAGUAGUAUUGAGGUGGAGUCCUGCCCAGGGGUGCUUACAAUCUAAAGGUUUGUAUUUAUUUCUCCAGUAACAGUUAAGCAGGAAGCUGCAGCCAUUGUAAUAAUUCUAUAAACAGGUGUUCAACAUUGCAGCAACACCUUUCAUUUACAAGUACAAAGUCGAUUGAACCAUAAAACCGGCCUGUACGGUAUCUCCUCCCACACUUUACUUACCAAAAGCAUGACGACAGCUCUAUUCCGGAUUGUAAAGGUGACCUAUUUCUGGAUUCUAAAUAUUCUGUUCUAACCGCUCAUACAGGGUCAGUUUGCUGCCAAGGAGAAGAUACAAUGACUACACAAUGGGAGGACAUGCCUCAAGAAAUCCUUGCACAAAUCUUUUACUACCUACCUCUAGGAGACAGACGGACAGUAUCCCAGGUGUGCCAGUCCUGGGCAUGUGGAGUGGCAUCUCCCACAGUUUGGCACUACACAGAGAUUAGGUAUGUAUGUAUGUUCCUCAACACUAUAAUAGUUAUAACUUGGGGCAGUUCAAAGCAAGCCAUGAGCUGAAAGGACUGGAUGUCCCACUCCCUGGUCACUGGCCAUCUCCACAUAUAACACUACCCUCACCUGUCUUGAACGCUGCAGCCUCGCUCCAAACAUGCACCUCGAGGAGGACACGCCCCCAACUGUGGCAUACUAAAUCAACACGCUACCUGCAAAGAUGCUCCUGGAGGAAGCCUUGCAUCCAGUCAGACUUUCUUCAUUAUAGAUUCAUAUUGUGUUCAUACAGCGCAGCCCUUGCCCUCUCCAAACAGUCAUACUUUUCCUCUCAUUAGUUCAUGCUCUGCAAUCCCAGGCAUCUCUUUGACACCUUUAACUCUCUUCUUCGCCCUGCUGUGGCUACCCCUCAAACUAACCUUACAGCCGAGAGCUUUGCAUGCUACUUUACCAACAAGAUUGAACAGCUAAGAAAAUAAUUCUCCCCACCUUGCCCUUCUCUUUCUCAACCACACAUAGAUCAUGCCUUUCCUACCCUUCAGACUUUCUUCCUGGCUACUGAACAAGAGGUGGCUGCGCUUCUCCUUUCCUCUUGCCCCACCACUUGCCCACUUGAUCCUGUCCCAUCUCACCUUAUCACAUCUCUCUCCCCUAGUCUUGUGCCUUCCUUAACACACAUCUUCAACUGCUCUCUCUCUUCUGGCAUUGUCUCUGCUGACAUUAAAACAUGCAACUGUAGUACCUUUCCUGAAAAUCAUCCCUCGACCCGUCCACCCCCUCUAACUAUUAUUCCAUAUCCCUCCUCCCUUUUUCCUCAAAACUUCUGGAAAGAUUUGUCUUUACGUAUGUCUCACUUUCUCAAUUCCAACUCUCUCCUUGGCCCUCUUCAAUCUGGCUUCCGCCCCCUCCACUCUACUGAGACUGUUUUUAUCAAAGUUACUAAUGACCUAAUCACAGCUAAAUCCAAAGGCCGCUACUACAUACAAAUACUUCUUGACCUCUCUGCUUCCUUUGACACCGUUGAUGAUGCUCUCCUUCUUCAAAUCACUCAGUCUCUGUGACUCUGUCCUCUUUAUUUUCCUCCUAUCUCUCCCAAUGCUCAUUCAGUGUCUCCUUUUCUAAUUAUACCUCCUCCAUUCAUCCUGUCUCUGUUGGAGUCCCCCAAGGCUCUGUCCUUGGUCCCCUUUUAUUUUCUCUUUAUACUGCCUCUCUUGGCAAACUUAUUACCUCUUUUGGAUUCCACUACCACCUGUACGCUGAUGACACCCAGCUAUAUCUCUCCUCCCCAGACCUCUCUCCUGCCGUCCUGCAACGUGUCACUGCUUGCCUUUCUUCCAUCUCUGACUGGAUGACCUUGCGCUUUCUAAAACGUAAUCUCUCUAAAACUGAACUCCUUGUCUUUCCUCCUCCUAAUACUGAUCCUCCUCUCUCGCUCUCCCUUCAAGUUAGUGGUAUCCACAUAAGUCCAUCCCUGCAAGCAUGCUGUCUUGGUGUCAUACUUGACUCUGGCCUCACCUUUGAGCCUCACAUCCAGCAUGUUACCAAAUCCUGUAGAUUCAAUCUGAAAAACACAGCCCGCAUCUACCCCUUUCUUACGCAAGAUGCUACCAAAGAGCUUGUCCAUGCUCUAGUAAUUUCCUGCAUGGAUUAUUGUAACCCUCCCCUAAUUGAACUUCCCAAAAAACGUAUUGACCCGCUACAGGCUGUAAUGAAUGCUGCCACCAGACUGAUUUUCCUCUCUAGUUGGUCCUCUCACACCUCACCCCUUUGUGAGUCCUUACAUUGGCUUCCUGUAUCCUAUAGUAGUCAAAUCAAAAUGCUAACCCAUACCUAUAAAGCACUGAACAAUUCUAGCCCCUCUUAUAUCUCUUCACUGAUCCAUAGGUAUGCCCCUUCUCAGCCUUACUGCUCUGCCUGAGACCUUCUCCUGUCCACUACUCGCACCCGUAUGGCCAACUCACGCUUGCAGGACUUCUCGCGGGUGGCUCCCUUACUAUUGAAUAGCCUGCCUACCGCCAUCAAACUCUCCCCUAGUCUUCAAUCGUUUAAGAAGGGCCUUAAAACCCAUCUUUUUAGGAAAGCUUAUGGCCUCCCAGAGUAACAUCUACCUCACAUACCUGUCUCUUGCUCUCUCGUAAAUGGCAGCACUCUACAGUUCUGCUUCACUCCCACCUUAUUUUGAUUGCAAUUCCCUGUCCUAUUGUGUUUUGCACAAGAGCAGGGUCCUCUUCAACUUAUCGUUCAAUUGUACGUUUUCUUGUAACUGUCCUAUUUAUAGCUAAAUCCCCCCUUUCAUAAUAUUGUAAAGCGCUACGGAAUCUGUUGGCGCUAUAUAAAUGGCAAUACUAAUAAUAACAAUACAAAGUCAUUUAUUUGAAUUUAUUCUCACUAAUUCUGUGCUGGGUUUACUUGUCUUGGAGUUCGUCUGUUUUUGUUGCUUUGUUUUAGUUUUCCCCUGUAAAGAAGGUUCACUUAGUCCAUUCACUUAAAUGAAUUUCACAGCUUGAACUCUUAUUUUAUAGAUUCUUUAUUUUUUUUUAUACAGGGAUUAUGUUUUUUUUUUUUUUAAUUCUUAAUUUUUUCCAUCUUGGCAGACACAGUGAAAUAUCAUCCACAUUUUGGCUUGUGCAGAAGCCAGAAAGCUAGUUAUACAAUUGUACAGUGGUUAGCUAACUGCUAGUCCAUGACAUUGCUUGGGUGUCACGUGCGGUUCCUUCAUCACCGUCUGCCAAGGAGUGUUUUAUUUUUGUGUAAGAACAAAACGUUAACAAAAACUAAAAGUUCGGUUCAGGAGCUUGAAACCUUGUGGUAGGAUUGUCUUUGGUGUGUUGGGGAGUGGGGGCCUCCCCUGGUCCCCAUGUCCCAGUCGUCCACCCACCGGUCAAGCCCCCCCACCCUACAGGGAACUCAGCCCAUCAUGGCUUCCCAUGGUGUCCACACCCUUUCGAAGGUUUUAGUGGUGUUGUGUACUAGAGCGGUGAGCUUGUCCAUGAGGUAGUUAUCAAUAUGUCCGGGGGCCUGGGCUCCAGCCAUUUUUUGGCUAUAGCCAUCCUAGCUGCCAGGGCGACCUUGUUUAUUAGCUUUUUGUGCCUGUGCGGCAUGCCGUCUAUUGGUCUGCCCAGGACGAAAGCACGGGUCUACUGCAAUGGGUGUUUCUAGUAGGUCUGUUAGCAGGUCUCCCACCCCUCGCCAGAGUGUUUGUAUUUUCGUGCAUGUCCACCACAUGUGCACGUAGGUGCCCCGCUCACUGCAGCCCCGCCAGCAGAGAUCGGUAGCCCCCGUGCCCAUGUGGUAGAAUGUGGUGGGUGUUGUGUACCAGUGCAUCAUUUUUUUGAUCGCUUGCUCCUGGAGCCCAACACUGAUGGAAACUUUGGAGGCCGCUUCCCAUAUGUCCUGCACCUCCCUGAGGUCCACCUUCCACCGGUCCGUGUAGGUCAAAUUGCCUCAUUCUGCAGAUUGGGAACUAAUCUUGUUGUAUAUGGUGGUUAUGAGGCCUUUGCUUCCCGGUUCCUGGUCGCAGAACCUUUCAAAGAAUGUUGGGGUUUGCUCUGCCGCCACUCUUACAUUGCUUCGUGUCGCAAAGUCUCGCAAUUGCAGGUAUCGGAAAAAGUCCCUUGGCGCUAAGGGGUGGUGUGGUGAGAGUUCGUCAAAGGAAACAAACGAGUGGUUUACGUAUAAGUGUUUGAACCUCUGCAGGCCAGCUUUUUCUAGGCCAGCGAAGUCCCUCGCUUGCAUGCCAGGUGGGAAGGCCCUAUUUCUCAGCUAGGAGGUCAUAGGGGAUGGGUCCGAAGUUAGGGCAAGCUUUUUCUUAGCUCUGUCCCAUAAGCUGAUAGACUUCAGUAUGGCUGGGCAGUCAGUUCCAGGAAGAGCCCUGUGUUGUUUAUCUGUCCAUAUGUAGAACUGCGGGAGAUCCGCUCCCAUUAGUCCCGACUCUAGAUCAACCCACUUUCUCUCGUCAGGGGGCGAGUGCCACAGGGCAAUCUGGGCCAGCUGGGCUGCCACAUAGUACAUAUAGAGGUUGGGCAGUCCCAGGCCUCCCAGUGAUCGUGGGCGAUACAGUAUUUGUCUGGAUAUGCAGUGUCUUUCUCCCCACCCCCCCCCCAAAUGAAGUAGUUUAUAGCUAUUUGUAAUCCUGCUAGGUCCCGUCUUAUCAGUAAUACCGGUAGCACCUGAAAGUAGAAUAGGAUGCGCGGCAGGACGUUCAUUUUUGCCGCGUGUAUCCUCCCUAUCCAUGCGAUGGGCUUGGCUGUCCAUCUCUCCACAUCAGUCUUUAGGGUACGGAUUAUGUUGCCGUAGUUUCCUGGUUUUAGUCUGGCUGGGUCUGAGGUCAAUUGUACGCCAAGGUAUCACCAAAAAUAAUUGUAACUAAGCUUGUGGAUGCUGUUUUGGCUAGACAAGCCUGUAUUUUUGAUCUCGGCACAAUAAAAAAUAAAGAAUAAAAAAAAAAAUAAUGAAAUGUAUAGUGAUGAUUAAAUCAUCAGUGAAAGGCAAGUUUUUGUGUGAAAAAUGCAAAUAAAUAAAUAUAAAAAAAAUAAAUAAAAAAAACUAACUUUGCCCAGUGUCUGUGACUAAGUAGCUACUAAAAAUUUUGAAUACCCUGUGUUGUCUACUUUUGCAAAUGGUAUGCCAUGAUGGGAGUAAUUUGACCCAAUAACUUUCCAAAACAACAUAAGAGAGUACAAUCAUGCGGGGCAUCAUAGCAUACAAAUAUGUGUGUUUUAUUGCAUUAAAAGCUAACACUAUUAUGACAUCCACAGUUAAAUUGCCAUGCAGAACUUGGUAAAUAGCAAAAAUGUCUUAAUUUCUCGCACUCUAAAUAUUUUAGUUAUAUUAAAUUGUGUUCCAUAUAUAAAUAUGUGUUAUGAAAUGAAAGCCCUAUUUCUCCUACACAUAAUUAUAUACAAGUGUGGGUGCACUUAAUAUGAAAGGUAAAUUGGUGUUUAACAGACAUAUAGCUCAAAUGCUAGGUUUUGUUUUGGUCACUAUUGCCUCUGUCCUUCUGGGGUAAUGUAUGAGUAACUUGUGGGUUCUUUUUUGCAAAAUAUAUGAUUCUGAAUUUAUCUGUAUUGAAUCUCAUCUGCCACUUUCCUUUCUAGUCUGUCAAUUUAUCCAAAACCCUCUGUAGAGAAGUUAGAUCAAGUUCCAACUGCAUUGUCUUUUCUAGUUUUGUGUUAUCUGCAAACAAUUUAUCAUAAUUUUACUUUAUGUACCAGCUGGAUAAUUGUUCUUUAACAAAAUCACUCAUUAAAGGACCACUAUAGUGCCAGGAAAACAUACUCGUGGGUCCCACUCCCGCCCGGCUCUGGAAAGGGGAAAGGGGUUUAAACUUACCUUUUUCCAGCGCUGGGCGGAGAGCUCUCCUCCUCCGAUCCUCCUCUUCUCCGCCCCGUCGGCUGAAUGCGCACGCAUUCAGCCGGUCGCAUAGGAAAGCAUUUACAAUGCUUUCCUAUGGACGCUUGCGUGCUCUCACUGUGAGAAUCACAGUGAGAAGCACGCAAGCGCCUCUAGAGGCUGUCAAUGAGACAGCCACUAGAGGCUUUGGGGGAAGGCUUAACCCAUUAAUAGACAUAGCAGUUUCUCUGAAACUGCUAUGUUUAUUAAAAAAUGGGUUAACCCUAGCUGGACCUGGCACCCAGACCACUUCAUUAAGCUGAAGUGGUCUGGGUGCCUAGAGUGGUCCUUUAAGAAUGAAAGUAAUUAAAUACAUAAGUAAUAAAGUAAACUAAAUUUAUAAGGGUACAACGAAUGGAAAAACUAAUAGAGCGCCUGUCCCUUUCUUUUUGGUUAUAGUUUCGGAUCAGAAGAAGAUUUACUAACACUCGACGGAUUGGAGCACUUUCUGGUCCAGAUAAAACAACUAAAAAUAGUUUUUGACCAAUCCAAAGAAGCAAAUCGCAAUAGUGUAUCAAAAAUUCUAGAUUGUCUUGCCAAAGAGAAAAACAAACUGAAAAGCCUGACUAUUGUGUGCUCUGGAGAAAACCCCUUGUUUUAUUCUGGGCAGGAGAUUUUGGAAAGCAUCAUGAACCUUUGUCGUAAGGAGAGUCAUGGUGACCUCCAAAACAUUGAUCUACGAAAGCUUCCUUUUACUUUUAGUGAUGGCUUUGUAAGACUUAUUGCUAGAGGGAACCCAAAUCUACGUAGUUUGCACAUAAACAAUGGUACUUUGGUUUGCAAAAUAACCCCUGAAACUUUGAAUGCAGUUUUAGAGUUCUGCCCCAAACUCACUGUCCUUGGCACCUUCUGUUCCAGUCUGUCUGAAGAUGUUUUCCGUGAACUUAUGAAACCAUGCAGACCACCACUUAUGUGCCUGGACAUCUUGUGUAAAAGGCUGGACAAAUAUACACAUUCCAUAUCUGAUGACGCAUGGGGUGAGCUUUGUAUACGUCAUCCCACACUUCAUGUGGACCUAGAAUUUGAUCACACUAUCCCUGCUUGGAAAAUCCGUCGAACCUUACAACCAAAUAUUCCUGUGUCAACCUUACAAUUUAAUGCCUGCAAUGAAAUGAUGAAUCACAUUAGAUUUGUCACCAGUCACUACUGGCGCACUCUAAAUAAGCUAGUUAUACGCACCAUCUCAUCCAGUGAUCUAGACUCUGCUCUUAUUGAUUUGGCUACAAAAUGCGGUGUAUUGGAAGAAGUUCAUUGCUACUGUUUAGUGGGAACUCAAGUGAUUCAAGCUUUCCUAAAACACUGUCCCCGCUUGAAAAAAUAUACUCUUAAAACCAUCAAAGAAAAACACCCAUGGAAAGCAACAUGGACCCAGCCAUCUACAGACUAAUUAAAAAUGUACUUAUGCUCCAAGUAUGGAUACAAAAUAUUUGUUACAAAGUGACAAGUGCACCUUCAUCUAUGCACACUAAAUCUAAAAAAACCUAAAAACUAAUGCACUUUCAUCUAUGCACACUAAAUAUUGUUCCACAUUUCAUGUACUUAUGGGAAAAAUGCGGUAGAUGUAAAUCUCAAGGCACUGGUUCUUAAACCCCGAGUUGGGACUAAAAUUGGUCCCCAGGUUAUUAAUGCAUCCUCAACUGAUUUACAAUGGCAUCACUGCCUCACACUGUGUGACGGAAAGGCUCUGGAGACGAAUUCAACAUUUUUAUUUUAUAUAAUUUGUUUUAUAUUUAUAUCUUUUAUUACAGCUAAUUUUAUAUUUGAAGCAUGGUUAAUGACAUGAGCUUAGUUUUGGUUAUUAACACAACUAAUGUUAAGAACCACUGCGUUAAGGUUUCAAAUUCUGACUAUUUGUUCUUCACAGGACUAAUCAUCUUCAUAAAGAUAUUUGCAUGUAAAACUUGUAAAGGUAUUAUGAGUUUCUAAUUCAAAGGAUAAUAUAUUGUGGUCGUCUUCAGGGUUUACAGUUCAGAACACUGGUCCAAGCACUUUUGUAUUUUCUGCCUGACAACUUUUGAAAUUCACUACAUCCAAAAAGAUGGCCAUGCUGCUUCACAAUAGCCUGAGAUGUUUAACGGAAUAAGAGUCUGAGCUACUGAAUAUAUUUUUAGACAUGGCAUUGGUUUUCAGAAUAGUCCAUAACCAAUUUCCAACACUUCAGGUUUAGUUAUAUACUCUUUUUAUCAGUACUGGUGAGUUUCCUAAUCAACAGAACCUUAGCGAAUCUUGUCGACUAGUUUUAGAAUCAUAAAUAGGAGUUAGAGUUAUGCUAUAAUUUAACAAGUUCAAUAUAGGAAUAUAGAAAUAUUCAAUGAAAGUGGAAAUAGGGAAGGUUUAAAUCUGUUUAUAAUAGGAUAGUCAACACAUUUCUGAAAUGCAUACUUUGCAAUUAAAGUGACACAAUAGGCAGCCAGACCACUUAAUCAUAUUUAAGAGGUCUAGAUGCAGUGUCCCAGUCCCCAAAACCCUGAAAGUUUUAGAGGAACGGCAUUGUUUACAUUAAAGGGCUAAAGGGAUAGGACUCCCUCUAGUGGCUGUCUACCAGACAGCCACUAGUGGUGCUUCCUUCUGUUUCACAGAGUUUGACUGCGUGAAACGACACUGGACGUCCUUAUGCUUUGUAGGACAAAACUCCAUAGGUAAGCACUGAGUCAAUGCUUUCCUAUUGGAAAGGGAUAUUGCGCAUGGACACUCAACGCAUGCGCAUUAGGAUCCUGGAUUGCUCUGACUUCAGUGAAGGAGCAACCCGAUCCAGUGCAGAGGGACAUUGGCGAUGAACAGGUAAAUGUUUAAAGGGUUUUUUACCCUUUACAUGGUUGGGAAGAGACAGAGGGAGGGCCUAAAGGGGAAGAGAGACACUAUAUUGUAUGGGAUAAAAAUACUAUAUAGUGUUCCUUUAAUUUUCAAAGGAAGUCUUUGGAGUCCUCUUGGGCUGCGAAGCGGCGUUCAUGCUGCUGGGCCCGCAGUUGUAGGUCGUGCACUGCCUGCUGUAGCGUGGUAAUGCUCUGGGCGUUUGCUUGUGUGGAUCCCUCCAGUGUGCCGAUGGUGCCUGUCAGGCCCUGUAAGUCGUUUCGUAGUGCCGUGACAUCUGCAAGGAUGUUUCUUUGCAGGUCUGCCAAUAGCGUUUUUAGGAUCGCCGUGGUGACCUGCUCAGAGUCUGCUCCCUUCUUGCUGUGCUUUGCCAUCUGUGUUGGGGCAGGAGCAGGUUUGUAUUCUUCUUCUGCAUCGAAGCUACAUGCACAUGCGACCGUUUGCGUCGGCGUUCAGAUCAGUGGUUCCUUAAAGCACAAUUGUCAUCUUAAAACUAUUUUUUUGUAUAAUAAUCCUUCCAUCAAGUUUAAAAAUAAAUAAAAAUUAUAUAUUUUAUAUAAAAAAAAAAAAAAUUUUUAAUGAACUAUAUGUCACGGGGAAAACCCAUCCCUACCUUUCAUUUAUAUCAGGAUCCUUUAGCCAUAGACAUGCACCUUGAGUCAGACAGUGUUUGAAAACCGACAAUUCUCUCUGAUCUUUCCAGGCAUCCAGGCCAUUUCAUGUCAUUGAAGUGUUAGGGUGCAGUGUUCCUGUUCCCUUAACCCUGCCUACACAGGCUGAUUUCUAAACACAUUUAUGAGUAUUGUUGCUGUGGAGCUCUGAUAUACACUCAGAUACACCAACAAUAAGGAGCUCCUAGAACCAGUGGUGGAUCCAGAAAAGGGGGGGGGGAGCGUGCGCAAAGGGGCAAUUGCCCCCCAAAUUUUUUCUAGAGAGAAGGACACUAGGUGAGUAUGGAAAAAGGGACACCACUGUAGAAUGGGACAAUAUGGAAAGAGUUACAGAGGAAUGCAGGAUAGUAGGUAAAUGACGAUGUGAUAUGAGACUUACUACUGUAGAACUCUUAUGUUCAUAUACAGUAAGUAUUAUAUUAAUGAGUCCUGCAGAAAUGCCAACACACACACAGGGUCCUUACUAAAUUCUGAUUUCUAGUAAAUUGAAAGCAGAAUUGCAAAAUUAAUGCUAAACUAUCCAAGCUGCGGCUAUAGCACCGUUGAAGACAAAUUGACGCCAUUAUACAGGCUGCACACUUACUACUUUACAUUGCAGCAAAGUGUCAUUUCUUCAGUGUUGUAACAUGAAAAGACAGAAUAAAUAUUUGCAAAGGGGUGUACUCACCUAUUGAGAAUAUAUAUGUCAUGCUCCUGAUCAGGUCAGAGAGGAGACGAUUGCAGGGGUUAUUGGUUAAAACUUUAUUUGUCGUAUUAGACAUAACAAAUUUACUGAAAUAAAGGGCAGUCUGCCACAAACAGGAUACUUUGUGAGAAAAACAGGGUUUAGGCGACAUGCCACAAACAAGAUCUUUGGAAAGUAAAUGAAUAAAGUCUUUUGUAUACAAGCAGGCUUGAAGCUAUAGCAAGUAGUUAAGGAUUUCCAGGAUACUUUGCAAUGCAGCUAGUUAUAGCUAAAUACCUUUUAGGAUAAGACAAUACAGGAUCAUGCAGAGUUGCAGAGGUUGAAACCGGUAGGAAUAUUGCAAACUAAUAUAAUGCAGGUUGCUUACGAGAUCAUGCAGUGAUGCAGCAAUUGAAGCAGUUAAGAUUCUUCAAUGAAGGCAAUACGCCACAAAUCAGGAUUCUUGGAAGCUGGUAAGGAAAGUCUUUCGGUAAGAUGUAGUUCAGGAUGAAGUAAAGCAGGUUAGUGCCUUUCAGUAUGAGAGCUGUGGUCAGUGUUCAGGGUGCACAUGUGAAUACCGAUCAGAGAUUCUGACCGAAGUUGCUAGGCACCUGUGUUCCACUGUGUUGCUGAGAGACCUGUGGAGCGCAAGCUGUCAGCAGGUUGCUAGGUUGACUGGACGGCAAACUUAGGGCUGAUCGGGCUGUGUAUGCUGAUCGUGAAGCAAUUCCAUUGAUGCAGAUAUGCUUCACAUACAGUUAUAUAUCGUUUAAACCGAUUAUAUAUCAAAUACUGCUGCAUUGCCCCCGUACCUAGGCUAUCUGCUUCUGUAGAAUAAAACGGAAAAACCUGUUACACUAUACGCUACUACAUAUUAGAACAGUGCACUACCGCACUGUCAAGAUCAUAUAUUGAGAUAAGGAUUGACAGAGCACCGGUUCUCACAUCACAUUCUGCCAAAUGACAGCUCCCAGCCUAUUAUCACUGUACAUAUUACAAUCCUACCCCACAUGAGGCUUUACUUAGUGUGAAUUAGUACCACAGAUCCGUGCACUCCCGUACUGCUGUAUUAGCAUCCUGAUACGGCAUGCAUUAUGGCAGAGUGUGGCUACUCUCAUCACACUCUGCUAACUUAGGUGCUGCACAUAAGGCUAAUUUGUUAAAGAGAUUCAUCAGUGCACUAGCGUGCUGUGAAGGAGACAUCACUAUAAAAAAAUAAAAAAUUGACACUUAGCCAGGUCACAUCUCCCAACCUUGUAAAUUAAAGGGAGAUUCUGGUAAUUGCUCAUUAUGGGGAGUGUAUUAUAGACAGAAAUGAUCUUUAAUGUGAGGUCUGUAGUUUAAGAGGCUGUUCUUGAUGGCCAUAUAUGUGUAUAAUUAAACACUAGUAUAUAUUUUGCAAUUUGGCUACUUUCUAUAUACUAGGGCUAGCCAACCACCCCAUAGAAUUGGGAAAAACACACAACCUAUAUACAUACUCCACCAUUGGAGUUCAACCCAAAAAGAGAAAGACUGAUUCGCAAAGGAGCAAAUAAUAUAGUGAAAUAGCCUUCGUCUAGAAAGCACAACAGAGUGAAGGACUCUCACACAUGAAGUCGGAUGAGAAAAUUUAAAAACAAUGUUGAAAAAAUAUAUUAAUAAAGAUCAAAACAGCCAAAACAUAAGACCUAAGGGGAAAGCAUUUCUACACAACAUGAUGAAGGGACGUAGAUGGAAGAUAGUUAGUGUUAUAAAGUUUGAUAUAGUGUAACAAUGUGUAAACUUAAUGAGAAACAGUUUCACUAAUAUUAUUGUAACGGCUACCCAGAUGGUGAGGGGGUAUCCGCCGUUGGAGACCUCCUUUCCCUGGCAAGAUGCUGUAUAAUAAUGGAGUUGUUCUUAUUCCCAUCCACGAGAUCCAAGGGUAGAAGCAGGCAUAGCUGGAAAACGGAGCAUAGCAAUGGUGUAGUAAAUCCCCUUUGAAGAACGAGACGAGGCUACGUUUUGAAGGGUUCGUGCGCUGAAAAAGCACAAAAAUCCUGCCAUCCGCAUAUAACUUGGUGUUCGCUGGAAUCCCCAUACAUAAUAUAUCCUUUCUACCGAACGGCCGACCGUUCAGUAGUUUCAGCACGAAAUUACGUUGUUAUGGAGGUCUCAGCGGUGUUCGCCUACUCGAGUGUCCGUUUUUAGUUCCAGACACUCGAUGGCAGAUCACUGCUGUUCGUGCGUAAGAUGGCCGCGAACACGCGCAAAGUCCUGAAAUGGCGGCCACCUAGAUUUUACACAAAGGAUUCGUGCAGUUAUCAUGCGAACGGUAUAUGCCGGUCUGGGAGGUAAAAUACCACUUAACUACACAGCAGUGUGGUCCGGUGUUCGGCAGUUUGCAGUCGUUUUUAGUGCUAUAACAAUCCACAUACACAGGCAAGUAUGUUCUUUUGAAUUCCCAGGCUUAUGUCUUGUUAAAUAUGUCCAGGCAGAGAUUAUAGUUCUGUUACAAUUAUCACUGGUAUAAAGAGUAUGCAUGCAUAUAUACUGUUGUGAGCAUAAUAAAUUCAUAUUUCACUUGGCAUAUGGGAAUACAUUCUUGAAUUAUGUUAUUAAACAUGUUCUCAUAAUACUUACAGAUUCCAAAAAGAAAUCAGUGAAAAUCCCCAAAUUCUAUGAUAAUAGAUGGGGAUAUUAUCCAGAGCUUUAUAUUGAGAAAAAUGUGAAAAAAAUAGUUAUACCAUAGAAACAUAGAAUGUGACGGCAGAUAAGAACCAUUCGGCCCAUCUAGUCUGCCCAAUUUUCUAAAUACUUUCAUUAGUCCCUAGCCUUAUCUUAUAGUUAGGAUAGACUUAUGCCUAUCCCACGCAUGCUUAAACUCCUUUACUGUGUUAACCUCUACCACUUCAGCUGGAAGGCUAUUCCAUGCAUCCACUACCCUCUCAGUAAAGUAAUACUUCCUGAUGUUAUUUUUAAACCUUUGUCCCUCUAAUUUAAGACUAUGUCCUCUUGUUGUGGUAGUUUUUCUUCUUUUAAAUAUAGUCUCCUCCUUUACUGUGUUGAUUCCCUUUAUAUAUUUAAAUGUUUCUAUCAUAUCCCCCCUGUCUCGUCUUUCCUCCAAGCUACACAUGUUAAGAUCCUUUAACCUUUCCUGGUAAGUUUUAUCCCGCAAUCCAUGAACCAGUUUAGUAGCCCUUCUCUGAACCCUCUCUAAGGUAUCAAUAUCCUUCUGAAGAUACGGUCUCCAGUACUGUGUACAAUACUCCAAGUGAGGUCUCACCAGUGUUCUGUACAAUGGCAUGAGCACUUCCCUCUUUCUACUGCUAAUACCUCUCCCUAUACAACCAAGCAUUCUGCUAGCAUUUCCUGCUGCUCUAUUACAUUGUCUGCCUACCUUUAAGUCAUCAGAAAUAAUCACCCCUAAAUCCCUUUCCUCAUAUGUUGAGGUUAGGACUUUAUCAAAUAUUAUACCCCCAAAAUAUAUUUCAGAGUCCAAAUUGUUAGUCUUGUAUGGAUCCUGGUGGAUGAUCCUGGGUCUGAUUCUAAAAAAGGCUCUCUUUCUGGUGCUCUCGUGGUUGUACGAUGAUGUGUUCAGAUUCUGAAGAUGAAUUGCCUGAAGUUUGAUCGACUGUAUACAGUCUUGGUUUUCUUAUUGUUUUUUUUGCGUCUAUACGGGAAUGGUCUCUCAGUGUAUAUACAUACAUACACACACACACACACACCAAUUUUAAACAUUCAGUGCCCCUCCCGAGAUUGGGUUCUGGAUCUGCCCCUUCCUAGAACAGAGGUACAGUGGGAUUUGAUCUUUAAUAGGGACACUUGGGAGGGAAGAUUAUGUAUUUGUGUAAGAUGGCAUGUGUAUGUAUAAGUGAAUGUGCCUGUGUGCAAGUGUACAAAGCAGAGAGAGGUGUAUAUGUCACAAAGAGAGAAUUAGUAUCUGUGUGCAUGUAAUGGAGAGAGAGCAUGUGCCCGUGUAUGUAAUGGAGAAACUGUGCCUCUGUGUUCAUGUGUGUAAUACUGAGAGAGCAUGAGCGAGUGCAUAUUUAUGCUGGUAUAUAACAGAGUAAGACAGCAUCAUUGUACAUAUGUGUGGCGGAACCAGCCUCGCCACUGGGCAUUGGAGAAGACAGCCUCCUGCCAUGUGACUAUGGCCCCUGGGUUGUAUUGCCUGAGGUUUGCUACCAACUAGGUGGAUUUGGCUAUGGAGCUUGUCUAGUGCCCUCUGUUGGUAGCAACAGCAAUAUGCACUACCUGAAUAGCAAGACUGGUUCAUUUGCAUAUUCAGGUAGAUUUGCAUACUGCUAAUUCUGCAGGCAUGUGAGAUAUUUUCUGUUAAUUAUUGUCUCCCCCACCUCUUUAAACAUAUGCCAUUGUGUUAUAAUAAGUCACUGUAUGUUGCCUGCUAUGAUUUGACUGUUUGUAAUUUUAUUGAGUUUUCACAGCAAUGUUAAUGUAAUGACCAUAUGGGCUAGUCCCAAGGAAAAUAAAGUUUUAGACAGUUCUACUUCACCCUCAAUUUGGAGUCCUGUCUCUUAUUGGGGGAAUUUGCUACAAUGGAUUGCUAUGCUUGUCAUACUCCCUUGAGCAUUAAUCACUUAGCUCUUUUAAGAGCUGUUCCAUACGCUCUCCUGGAGGGGAGGUCUUCCCCACACGGUCCUGGAGGACAGAAGCCAAUCCGGGGUGGACAGAAGACGGCAAGACUCCAGUUAAGCUACGGCGGUUGUGGAGUAUGUGGUGGUUGUGGUGCUUGUGGUCCUCGGCACAGGCUAGGAAGCGUCCAUCAACGGAAGGUACUCGGUCGGAGUACGGGGAGUUCUGUUACAAUAUGUAAUAAGCAGGAAAAUAAAAAGUGCAUUUUGUGCACAUGUGUAAAGUACAGUGCCUGUGUCUGUGCACGUAGUGUAGAGAGUACAUGCGUCUGUGUGCAUUAAGUGUAGAGAGUACAUGUGUCUGUGUGCAUGUAGUGUAGAGAGUACAUGUGUCUGUGUGCAUGUAGUGUAGAGAGUACAUGUGUCUGUGUGCAUUUAGUGUAGAGAGUACAUUUGUCUAUGUGCAUGUAAUGUAGAGAGUACCUGUGACUGCAUGCAUGUAAAGUAGAGUACAUGUGUCUGAAUGCAUUUAGUGUAGAGAGUACGCAUGUGUCUGUGUGCUUCCAACCUAGAAAGACUUUGUGCAUCAUCUGUUUGGAUCUGUAUGUAUGCAAGUGUACUGGAGAGAGUUUGUUUGUGUACACUGAUGCAAUGUGUGUAAAAGAAACUAUGUGUAUUCAAUGGAGAUAGCGGGCAUUUUUGUGCAUGUGUGUAAAAGAGAGGUACUGUAUGUCUUUGUGUGUAAUAGUGAAAGAGUAUAGGUGUUUACUCACUAAACAUCAAACUGCAGAAAAUCCAAUAGAAGAAUUUUUACAAAUUAGCACUUUUAUUUUAGCCUAAAUUUACAUACUUUUUAGGAUUACAACUCUUUGAUGUUUAACACUGCUGCCACAUCUCCUUACUCCUAAGUUCUGGAAGCAGAAAGUGGUGCUCACUGUGUGUUCCGCACUGGACACUCAGAGUUGAAGAAAUUUGGGUGUUUGAUUUUUUUUACGAAACUUAGGCAGUUUAUUAGUUUUAUAUACAGGGGUAUUGAAUAGGGGCAAACAAAUUCAUUGUUCUAGGGGCCAUGUCUGAAUCCUUGGGCCUCACACAAGUGGAGCAAGUGAGGAUUAUAAAUUUUAUUCUAAUGCAUGCUUUCACUACGUUAUAAGGUUUAAGAAAUGUGAGUACCGGAGGCAGAAUUAAAGAAUCAGAACUGACUCUUAGAAUUGGUGCUGACUGAGUGAGCUAUGUGAAUGAGCCAAGAGCGAGUGCAGUGACAGAGCUGAAUCUUUUGCACACGUCCCUUAGAGAUGUCACAAUGCAGCCAGACGUCUUCUAGUGACUCAUCUUCCUGAAUGGGCCGUGCUCACAGAAAAACCACCAACUGAGCUGAGUGAAACACUGACCUGGGCUGGGUAUUCCUCUAACUUAGACAGCUGAAUGGAUGGACGGGACAUUCUACACCUGAAUAACCAAGACUGGAUUAUAGUAAAACAGUUAUUUAUGGGUCAAUUGAAAUCUUAUGGCCCUUUAUCAAUGUAAAUAAAAAAAGCUUACACAAAAACAUAAAAAUAAAACACUUGUGUCGGGCUGAAAAUUUAAAGUAACCUUAAAAUUCCCUAAUGACCAAAGAUAUUUUCUGCGAUCAUCACAGUCUGGCCCCUAAAUGUCUUAUUCAAUUAUUGCACGUUUAUUCCAUUCUAAGAGGCAAUGUGGGGGUUAUAUGGCACGUGUGACAUUUACUUGAAUGGGGGCAAAGGUGGUGAAUAAUGUGGCAAUGAGAGACCAAUGAAGUGCUAAGUAUGAGAAGAUCGUGGCAUAAGGAAAAGAAGUGAUGUUGAAAUUGCGCUAAAUAACUAAAUAUGAUGUAUUGAAAACUGUAUCAAACCAAAAUCAUUUUCAUGAACAUAUAGGGCAAAAACAAAUAUAACAUUUAAUAGUGUAUCAUAUAUAUUAAAUACAUGGGAUAUAUUUUGUGAACACAAAUGUCAGAGUUACAUGGUUUCCCCAGCCUUUAUUACUGACCCUACAUUGUACAAUUUAAAGUGUCAUUUCAAGUGACACUAUCUUUUUAUAAACCAACUAAAGUAACUAAAAUAGGUACUCUAUAGAAAUAAAGACUAUACAUACACACAUUAAUUAGGACUCAAAAUUUCUACUUACCGUUGAUGAGUUACAUAGUUACCUAAUUAUAUAGACUGAAAAAAAGACGUGUCCAUUAAGCGCAUCCUUUCUUACAACAGUUUUUGCUGUAGAUCCAAAAGAAAGCAAAAACGCAGUGUGAAGCACUUUGGAAUUUUGCAACAAACUAGAAAAAAAAAAUAUUCUCCCUCGACCCAGAAUGGCAGGCAGAUCUCUUGGAUCAAGAAGCUGUUAACACCAAACAUAAAAAAGGAUAUCGCUGAACAUUAUGUUUCUGUAAGUAUUCAUCCAGUCACCACUUCUUAAGGCAGAUAAUUCCACAUCCUUAUUGUUCUUACUGUGAGUCAAUAUUUAGCACUACCGAGUGGAAAUUCACCCGUGAUGAGUGGACACACGGACUCUCCAAGUUUGCAGUGGCGAGCAAGUUUUAAUGCCUGGCUAGUAGUAAGUUCUCCAUUUGUUUUUUUCAGGUGGCCUUUACUUUAUCCCAAUCUCACAAACAGCACAUCUCUGCACCCCAGACACACCAUCCUAGCAUUCAAAUCAUACACCAAUAUUCUCCAUCCCAAUUCACACACAUUAUCCCUGUCCCAACAACUAAAUACUGCACACCAGUAUUCACCCCAGUCCCACACACACAUGCCUUUUUUACCUUAGAAAAAUGAACAUCAAUUAUUCAUAAAAAAAAAAAAAAAAUUACAAAGUUUUAUUCACCCAACAAAAAUGUAUUUUUAAAUAAUAAAAACAAACUUUAAAAAUUAGGCACAAAAAACAACGUUUACUGUACUGAUAAGUAGUCAAUUUUCAUGGUGUUUAUCUUCGAUUGGGUUUGAGGAACCAAAAAAACCCUCAAAAUUUAGGGAAAAAUACCUAUAUGUGGGAGAAGGAGAUACAAAUCAGUUCUGAAUUAUGGUGGCCAAGGGCACACUCCUUGUUCACUCAAUCCCUGUCUGAAAACCGGAUCACACACAAAAUCCCACACACCCCAUGUGUCCGCCCCAAUCAAUCACAUCACAAAAAGACACACAACAAUCACCCAGAGGGACACACAUACUAUUAAUGCAGCCAAUAAUCUUGCCUGGUUUUAUUAGUAUUGUGUGUCCUUGAUUUAACUAUUAAUUACUUUAGCUACUUUUGUACACAAAUGCACCAAACGGAUUGGACUUUCUUUCACUAUAACACAAUAGUCUCCUAUCUCAAAUGGGACUUAGUGAAGAUUGUAGACUCAUUCCGUGUGACUCUGCCCUUUUUCUCUAAAACCAGUUUGUAAUAUUUGUUAUUGAAUUUUACACACGUGGCUGUGUGUGUGUCACAUGGUACAGGGGGUGUGUUUGUGCACUUGUCUGUGUUUUGCACUCAGUCCCAGCUCUGGUAUAUAUAGGAUCAGCCCAGCUUUGUCUUUCAUACAGCUUCACAGAUCAUCCAGAGAGCAUCACUGAGAUUCUGUUACUAUAGCAACAAGCAUGGACCCCCAGGACUGUAACUGCGCAACAGGUAUGAUAUAAAAACUAUUUGUAUAUAGCGAGAACAUACCUCGAUAAUCUGUAUACCAUGAAUUAAUCAAGAAAAUCUGAAUAGCAUUACCUAAAAAGUACUUGAGAAUUAGCAAAAAAUAAGUACCUAUUCUGCUUAAGUAAAUUUAAAUAUUGCUAUUUUAAUAGUAAUUUUUGGACAAUUGAUCUAAAGUCUACAUUAAACUUCUGCACAAUGAGAACAUUUGGCUUGGAGGGAACCAUUUAUCCAUAAAAUACAAACAUUUUCAGGACACAUAAAUUUCAACCAUAUGUUAGUUUGGCUCGGCAGAAUUUCGGUAUCGAAAACUGAUUCAGGAGCUAAAUCAGACCUACCAAAAGGGCAUGAAAUUGUUAUAUAGUGUAUAUAUUUUGCAGUACACUGCAUUUUCUCACCAUUUAGUGACUGUGCCCUAUCAUCAUUUUGUCCUCCCAUCAAUUCUCUCUUUUUUGGCAUUAAGGGCCAAAUUCAGAAUCACAAAUCAAAAUGAACAUGGUCGUCCAUUGCGUUUCUUGGUUGGUUCAUAUUUUGGGUACAUUUUGGCUUGAAGUUUGAGAAUGUGACAGAUGAAAAUACAGAUGAAAGAGGCAUAUCUAGGUUAUGUGGUAGCUUUGGUGGAAUGGUCAACUGGCACACUCAACCCCUAAACUGUAAGCUUUAAGUGUUGAACCACGCCCCUCCCCAUUUCUGACUCUCUCUCUGUAUUUUUCAAAUCCUAAUUACCUCCUAACUCACCUUUCCUACUUAUGUGUCUCUUAAACCCCUAUCUCUGGUUACCAAUACAAUAGAGUGGCCAAGCAGGACCGCGAGAGAGGAUGAAACUCUGCAUGUCCAUCUGCCCAAUCUGUAAUUGGACUAUGAUCGAUGUGAAAGGAGUGGCCAUGUAGGUGGGCAUAAGACUUAAUAUGUUAUACUCCACCCCCUUUCCUGAGAGCUUUCUUGAUAGAACAUGAAGAGCAUCAUUGUCCUCCCCUUAGACAGACUGAUGGUAAAUAAACAUUCCUUAAAGGGACACUAGGUACCAAAAGGAGGGUGGAGUCAUUAAUUGACAUCUGAACCGUGGGACAGUGCCAGGGAACUCCAAGUACCAAAGCCACGUCAAUUAAAUUAAUUAUGUUGCCUAGAGUGUCCCAUUAAUAUGUGACAUAUGGACUUUAAAUAGCAUUUAUAUACCAAGAUGGGGAAGUUAGGGAAUAGUCAUGAAUUCAAAAUGAAUUUCAAAUUUUAAGCCAAAGUAGGGGAACUGGAAAAAGUCUUCUCAAGCUCGCAAAGUUUUCUGUUUGGCUAUAUUGGCCUAGAAUUUGAAUUCCACAUUGAGUCUGCUUUGAAUCCCAUAUAAUUCCCACAUCUAAUAACCCUGAGAGAGGAAGGUAGAAAAUGGGUUGAAGCUGCUGAUUAAGUGAACUAUAUUUUCUCAAAUCUUUCUCUGUAAAUGUUGAACAAUCCUGGUGGCACUUCCUCACCAAUGGUCUAAUUACUCUAUUGGUCUAGAAUCCCCAUGGAAUAGAAUUGGGAAAUCCAUACAUUCUGGACUGUUGGUGUGCCCCAAGGACUGGGCUGGGAACCACUAAUCUAGAACGCCAGGAUAGGAAACACUGCUCUAGGGCACUCCUUUCCGACACGUUCAGGGUCUCCAGGUGGAAGGUGUCAUGAUAUGACGCUCUAUAAACCCUGAGACCCAGCACAGCAAUAAAGCUCAGUGAUCGAAACAAUUUACUUCCUUCAUCCAUGAGGCCAGCUUGUAUGAUGCCUCCUCCUCUAAUGUCAAGGAAGGUACGAUAUGAAUGUUUAUUAAUCAUUGAGGAGAACCAUGGCCUGUUAUAGAGUCCACCAGAUAAUAUUAGGCAAUUAGCACUGCCUCAGCUAUACCAACAGCUCCCUUCAUAACCCACCUCCAUUAUGUGUUGUUAUCCGAUGCCCGUCAUAUAUCACUUACUCUUCUCUCCUUUCUUAGGAUACAGCAUAUAACAUAUUGUUCUAUCAUUUCUUAGGGGUCCCCUGCUCCUGUGCAAAUUCCUGCAGCUGUAAGAAGUGCAAAUGCUGCCCAAAAAGUAAGUGCUGCCAUCUAGUGUUAUAGUAUGAUACACACCGUUUAUAAAAAUCCCUUGUCUCUUAAAAUAAAUUCUCCACUUGAUAAGAGAAUGUAUUUAUUUUAAACGUGGUAUGGGUGUAAAAAUAUUUGGAACGCAUACCUCCCAAGUGUCCGUAUUAAGUAGGGAUCGUCCCUAUUUUGGUCUAAAUCCCUCUGUCCCUCUUUUCUCUCCUAAUGUCCUUCCAUAUUGGUGGUGUGUCUGAGUGUAUAACAGCAAUUAUAAUACUCCCAGUAUAGGUCUUUAAACCACAACAAAUGUGUUUAGAAAUUAGCCUGUGUAAAUAAUAUACAUUGUUACAGUUCUAAAUUACAGUUUAGUUGCAUGAAUUAUUAGUAAGUCAUCGCAAAUUUUCCUUAACAGUCCAAACCCUGGCCACACCCCCACUCACACCUCUAAAAUUAUAGUAUCGUUCUUUGUCUGUUUGAAAAUGUAGGAUUUUGGGUUAAGUAUAUUAUUGUGUUAACUUAUUUUCUAUACAAUAACAAUACAUUAUUAUUAGAAAUAAAAAAAAACAACUAUUAAGUCUUGUCCAAUUUGUUAGACUCUGUUCUAGGCUGCCUAAUGUCAGUUCCAUGCAAACAUGUCAUCUGUUGUCAGCGCACACUCUGCGCUGUGAAAUUUCAUUCUACCCUUGCAUGAAGCGAUGGUAGCGCGACUCCAAGGGGAAGCUUCAGUGCCUUCACUCUCUUAUUCCUCCACUCCUGCCUUUCUGGUUUUCCCAAUGCGCAUCAGUUUUUUUGGUUUUUUUAACCGUUUAGUUUUUUUAAUAUAUCUGCUCUUGUACCUCUCUCCCCUUCCUCCCUCCCUCCCCCACCGGUCGCACUUGCUCUGAGCCAGUGAUUUUGGACCAAUCAAAUGCUUCUCUACGACGCAUUUGAUGGGACCUUGCGAGGGAAGUAGUGAUGUCGGACGAGCUUUGUCUGUCAAUGGAUUUCAGGAAAGUUUAAGCCUUAAAGGGACUCUAUAGUCACCAUAAACCGCUUAAUGUCAUGGUUCUGGUGUCUAUAGCCUGUCUCUGCAGGCUGAGCACUGUAAACGCACUGCACGCUGCCUUUUCACAGAAAAGGCAGUGUUUACAUAGCUGCCUCGGAACACCUCUAGUGGCAAUCCAUCAUGAAGGCUUCCUAGUCCGGCCAUGGAGGCGGAGCCCAUCGCAGCGAGACAGGCGCAAUGAAAGAUGAAAAAAGGUGAAUUUUAAAAAAGCUUUUUUAAUAAGUAUUGACUUUUUAGAUACUAUGGAUACAUAUCGCUGAGGAUUCUAUAAUCCUUUCCCCACUUACCUUAGCUCUAAGUUAGUUGUUACAUGUUGCAUUUUCUUUUUCACUCUCCCCUUCUUUUUAUUAAAAACCAGCACUGAGUCCCUUUUUCUAUAAGGAUACAUUCACUUUCGAUUUAAAUUUAUUGUGUUGGGUUCACGCCCAUUUGGUGGAUCUGGUACCACCGUGUGUUCCUAUUCUAUCUAUUGGUUUACACAGCUUUUUUCUUUUUGUGCAUGUAAUUACUAAUGCCAAACAGGGCAUUAUAAAGAAUUUUUUUUUUAAAUGUUUGUUAAAAUGGAUUGCAGUCAGCUUUUAAGGGGAUUAACUCUGCACUUCUUUGUUGUUGCAAUAAUUUACAAACUGCAAUAGACUCUUUAUCCUACACAACUCAUCUCAACCCAAUCUGGAAUAGUGCCACACCUGUGAUUGGGCUUUAGAUCCACCCUUGUUUGGAAACCACUAUUGAGGUAUAUUGUUAAGUGAGUAACCUGCUGUUUCUCCCUCCUCUCACACAGGUUGCUGCUCCUGCUGUCCAGCCGAGUGCAGUAAAUGCAGCCAGGGCUGUCAGUGUGAAAAGGGAUGCGAGAGCUGCAGCUGCUGCAACUGAUUGGUGGAUGUGUGUCUGA